AUUGAAGGGAGACUGAAUUGAGAGUGAAGAAAUAACUACAGGGCCCAGGAGUGUGUGGUACCAAGGCUAAAAGCCUAUCUUGUCUUUUCCUAUAGGUGAUAAACAUGUGACUGAGUAUGGUGUAGGAACGUAGGAUAUGGAUUUUGGAAUACAGGAGUUAUUCAGUUUUGGCAGAUUGAUGGGUGAGCUCUGGGCUGGCUAAUGUCAAUUAUGUGCAAAUUUUAUUUCUGAAUAUCUUUCUUUAAGUUUUUGUUAGAAAAAUACAAAUAACGUACACAUCAACAAAUUGGUCAUAAAAUGUGAUCUGAUCAUCAUCUAAGUCACAACAAUAGACAAUCACAGUCUGCUUAAACUAAUAACACACAAAGAAUGAAAUGAAUGAAAAGAAUGAAAUGUUUUUAUUGAACACACCAUGUAAGCAUUCACAGUGCAGGUGGGAAAAGUAUGUGAACCCUUGGAUUUAAUAACUGGUUGAACCUCCUUUGGCAGCAAUAACUUCAACCAAACGUUUCCUGUAGUUGCAGAUCAGACGUGCAAAACGGUCAGCAGUAAUUCUUGACCAUUCCUCUUUACAGAACUGUUUCAGUUCAGCAAUAUUUUUGGGAUGUCUGGUGUGAAUCACUUUCUUGAGGUCAUGCCACAGCAUCUCAAUCGGGUUGCGGUCAGGACUCUGACUGGGCCACUUCAGAAGGCGUAUUUUCUUCUGUUUAAGCCAUUCUGUUGUUGAUUUACUUCUAUGCUUUGGGUCAUUGUCCUGUUGCAACACCCAUCUUCUGUUGAGCUUCAGCUGGUAAACAGAUGGCCUUAAGUUCUCCUGCAAAAUGUCUUGAUAAACUUGGGAAUUCAUUUUUCCUUCGAUGAUAGCAAUCCAUCCAGGCCCUGACGCAGCAAAGCAGCCCCAAACCAUGAUGCCCCCACAACCAUACUUCACAGUUGGGAUGAGGUUUUGAUGUUGGUGUGCUGUGCCUUUUUUUCGCCACACAAAGUGUUGUGUGUUUCUUCCAAACAACUCAACUUUGGUUUCAUCUGUCCACAGAAUAUUUUGCUAGUACUGCUGUGGAACAUCCAGGUGCUCUUGUGCAAACUGUAAAGGUGCAGCAAUGUUUGGACAGCAGUGGCUUCCUCUGUGGUAUCCUCCCAUGAAAUUCAUUCUUGUUUAGUGUUUUACGUAUUGUAGAUUCGCUAACAGGGAUGUUAGCAUUUGCCAGUGACUUUUGCAAGUCUUUAGCUGACACUCUAGGAUUCUUCUUCACCUCAUUGAGCAGUCUGCGCUGUGCUCUUGCAGUCAUCUUUACAGGACGGCCACUCCUAGGGAGAGUAGCAGCAGUGCUGAACUUUCUCCAUUUAUAGACAAUUUGUAUUACUGUGGACUGAUGACCAGCAAGGCUUUUGGAGAUACUUUUAUAACCCUUUCCAGCUUUAUGCAAGUCAACAAUUCUUAAUCGUAGGUCUUCUGAGAGCUCUUUUGUGCAAGGCAUCAUUCACAUCAGGCAAUGCUUCUUGUGAAAAGCAAACCCAGAACUGGUGUGUGUUUUUUAUAGGGCAGGGCAGCUGUAACCAACACCUCCAAUCUCAUCUCAUUGAUUGGACUCCAGUUGGCUGACCUCUCAUUCCAAUUAGCUCUUGGAGAUGUCAUUAGUCUAGGGGUUCACAUACUUUUUCCACCUGCACUGUGAAUGUUUACAUGAUGUGUUCAAUAAAAACAUAGCAACAUUUCAUUCUUUGUGUGUUAUUAGUUUAAGCAGACUAUGAUUGUCUAUUGUUAUGACUUAGAUGAUGAUCAGAUCACAUUUUAUGACCAAUUUGUGCAGAAAUCCAUAUCAUUCCAAAGGGUUCACAUACUUCUUCUUGCAACUGUACAGUACUCCUUUACACAAAAUCAGACAAUAACAAUUACUCUGUGCAAAUUUUAAAAUGCUUUCAGAUAAUGAAGAGCAAUUAAUGUACGAACAUGGGGGUCAAUAACACAGACUUUUAUUUGAUAUCAUUAUUAAUUAUUUAACUGGGGUAGUCAUUUUAAAAAGUUUUUAAAUAUGUAUAUGAAGCAUAUGUAUUGGAAUUUUUUUCUAAAGCAGCCAACCCAUUCAUUGGGAUCAGCUGCUAGAGUUUUAGAUGGCAUUAAAUCCAGUCAAAAUCAGUCAAGAUCCAACAAAAAUAUUGGUCAAAACAAGUUAAUAACUUUCAACUUCGUUUUGCCACUGGAAUGUAAUCAAAGCCAUUGCUGUGAAAGCUGAGCAAUGACAUUUUCAAUUUUUAUUUGAAAAAUGCAUAAAUUACAUCUUACAAGUACUUUUAAACAUGGCACUGUUUCCCACUUUAAUUCUUGGUUUAGGGGGUACUUAGGUCUAUAAAACUCUCUAGUUAAAAUUAUAGGUUACCUGCUAUCAGAUACACAGUAAGGAUAUUCACCUUCAUACACUGCACUGAUAUUAUGAUUUGCAUUGCCAUUACAAUAUUACUGAUGCCUUACACUAUUGAUUCACUGUUUUAACAGUGAUAUUUCUAAAAGUCGUUGAACCUGAUGAGUUUGAAUCAAAUGAGACUAAUUUUUGACAGAGUAAUUUUAAAACUUCAUACCUGUGACCUGUGACAGCUAAUAUAUGAAUACAAAAUACAAAUUCUCGAUGAUAAAUAUUUUUGUAGACGUUGAGGUAGAGCUAGGUAUAGAUAAUUAUUGGCUAUUUUGGAUAUUAUGUAUUGAUUGUCAGUGUUCUGCCACAGUGUAAUACACAUUCUCUGAUAUGUGAGCUGUAUGUAUUGUUCUUUAUAUUCACAACUAUCAAUAUUAUUUUGAGGAAAGCAUUAGCAAUCGUUGUAUUAUCUAUCUCAUUCAGAAAUUUUUUUAGUGGUUUUCUUUUAGUCUUAACACUUAAGCUUAGCUGUUUGGUUUGAUUGAAUAACAGACAUUAAAGUAAACAUUGCCAUAAUUGUAUUGAUCAGCCACAAAAUUAAAACCACCUGCAUAAUAUUGUGUAGGUUUCCCUUGUGCUGCCAAAAUAGCUAUUAUGCAUCGAUGCAUGGACUCCACAAGACCUCCAAAUGUCUCCUGUAGUAUGUGGUACCAUGACAUUAGCAGCAGAUCAUUUAAGUCUUGCAAGUUGAGAGGCCUCCAUGGAUCGGAUUUGUUGUUCCAGCACAUCCCUCAGAAGCUCAGUCGAAUUGAUAUCUGGGGAGGUUAAAGGCCAAGAAAACACUUUGAACUCUUUUACAUGUUUCUCAAACCAUUCCUGAACAUUAUUUUCAGUGUGACAGGGUGCAUUAUCCUGCUAAAAGAGACCAGUGCCAUCAGGGAACACCACUGACAUAAAGGGGUCAUCAACAAUCUCUAAGUUGGUGUUAUGUGUCAUAGUAACAGCUACAUGAAUGCCAAGACCCAACAGAACAUUGCCUAGAGCAUAAUACUGCUUCUGCCUGCCUGGCUUCUUCCCAAAGUACAUCCUGCUGUCAUCUCUUCCCUAGAUGAACCAUGUACAUGCACUGGGCAAUCCACCUGAUCUAAAAGAAAAUGUGAUUCAUCAGACCAGAAAACAUUCAAUUGCUUCAUGGUACAGUUCUGAUGCUCACAUCCCCGUUGAAGGCACUUCCGGCAAUGAACAGGGGCCGCUACACAGCCUUAUACGUAGCAAACUACGAUACACUGUGUGUUCUAGCACCUUUCUAACAUGGCCAGCAUUAAGUUUUCAGCAACUUGAGCUACAGUAGCACUUCUGUGUGAUCAGACCAGACUUCGCUCCCCACAUGCAUCAAUGAGCCUUGGGCACCCAUGAUCCUGAUGCAGGUUCACCAGUUGUCUUCCUUGCACCACUUUUGGUAGGUACUAACCACUGCAUAACAGGAACAUCAAACAAGACUUUCCAGUUUGGAGAUUCUCUGACCCAGUCGUCGAGCCAUCACUACUUGGCUAUUGUCAAGUCACUCAGAACUUUUCUCUUGUCUAUUUCCCUGCUUCCAACACAUGAAAUUCAAAAACUGACUGUUCACUUGCUGCAUAAUAUAUCCUCCUCCUUGACAGGUGCGAUUGUAAUAAUAUGAUCAAUGUUAUUCACUUCACCUGUCAGUGGUUUUAAUGUUGUGCUGAUCAGAGUAAUAUAAAGCAAUGAAUGUAAGUAGAACUGGAACAUUUACAAGCAAUUUACAUUCUAUGAACAUUUAAAGGAACACUAUAGUGUCAGUAAUACAAACAUGUAUUCCUAACACUAGAAUAUUAAACUAGCUGUUUAGCCAUCUGGCCCUCCUUAGAUCACUCUGAAAAGUUAUUAACCUCUUAAGGACAUAACUUCAGGAAUAAAAGGGAAUCAUGACUGAAUAUUUCUGUCAUGUGUCCUUAGGAGGUUAAACUUGUCUUUUCUCCCACGCCGCACUGAUUUUGGUCCCGCCUCCAAGGCUGAGAUUAUGAAUCUUGUCAUCAAUCAAUCCUGUGCAGCACUGGACUAGGAACCACCUCUAAUUGCCGUCUGAGUGACUGCCACUAGAGGUUUUACUAGGCAGCAAUUACACUGACUACAGAUUCCACAACCACUACAUUAAGCUGUAGUGGUUCUGGUGAUUAUAUGUCCUUUUAAUAACUCUAUUUAUAUAAAUAUGAUAUAAUACUUGAUGAGACAAAGGACGUGUUUGUUCUUUUCUUCACAAGUUAGUCAGUCAUAUAAAUGUAUGAAAAUGUAUGCUCUUUUCCUUUCAAGUUUGUAUUUUUUUUUAUUACAAGAACUGACAUAAUUGUCAUAAGAAUUCAAAUUUUCUUGUAAACAUUUUUAAUAUCAAGAAUACAUUUCUUCUUCUAGCAAAUACUUGGAAAAGUUAUUUCAAUUCUUGAUAGAAGAGGAUACAUUUAUACAUAUUGCCUAGGUCAGUGAUGGCGAACCUAUGGCACACGUGCCACAGGUGGCAUGCCGAGCCCUCUCUGUGGGCAUGCGGCCAUAGGUCGCCGGGGGGGUGCAGGUUGGCAGCAAUGCAGAGUAGGCAUCUGCCUGCCCAAAAUGGCAGGUGCCUACUCUGCUUUUGUUUCGGGUGGACCUGAAGGCAGGGGGAGGGAUCUGGGAAGCAGCUCUCCUGUCCUCCCACGAGCAGGCUGUGUGGAGCGUCGCUGCGCAUUACCAUGGCAACGAUCCACACAGCAUUGCGCAGGAGGACAGGAGAGCUGCAGCCAGACACAUACCACCAUCGGACCACCAGGGCUGGCUUUGUCCCCCCUCCUUCGCCAAAGGUAAGAAGAAGGGAGGCGGGGAUAAAGAUUUUGUCUUUUUUUAAAUGUAUCUUUACCACCCCCCCACACACAGCACCCCUAAGCCCACACACAGGACGCCACCCCACACACAUACAGCACCGCCCCACAAACAUCACUCCUCCCCCAACACAGCACCCCUUACACAGCACUCACCCCCACACAGAGAGCACCCCUCCACACACACAGCACUCCUCCCCCACACAGCACCCCUACCCCCCACACACACAGCACCCCCACCCACAGCACCAAUCACACAACACUCCACACAAGCUCCGCACCCGUACACACAAGCACAUACACUGCACCCCUCAAUGCAGUAUGUGUGUGUGUGUAUUCAGCAAUCAGUGUGUGUGUGUAUAUUCCGCAGACUGUGUGUGUGUAUUCAGCAGACUGUGUGUAUGUAUUCAGCAGUUUGUGUGUAUUCAACAGUCUGUGUGUGUGUUUGUGUGUAUUCGGCAGUCUGUGGACUGUGUGUAGGUAUUCAGCAGUCUGUGUGUAUGUUUGUAUGUGUGUGUAUUCAGUGGACUGUGUGUAUUUAUUCAGCAGUCUGUCUGUGUGUGUGUGUAUUUCUCAGUCUGUGUGUAUGUUGGGGUGUAUGUAUUCAGCAGUUGGUGUGUGAAUAUGUUCAGCAGUCUGUGACUGUAUUCAGCAGUCUGUGUAUGCAUUGUAUGUAUUGCAUUUGUUGGAGAUACUAAUAAAUAUAAGCUUAAUUUUAUCUAUUAUUUAUAUCAUUAUUUAAAAUUUGUAUCAGUGAACUCUGUUGUUGUGUUCUUCUUUUACAACAAAAGAUGUUAAUUAGGUUGGACAACUGUACGAUUUGUUUUAUUUUAAACUUAAACGUCAGUAUUGAGGUGUAAUUGCCAAGUUGGCACUUUGAGGGAAAAAAAGUUGGCAUGUACUGCGGUUUGAGCACUCGGGCUCAAAAAGGUAUACCAUCACUGGCCUAGGUUUAUAGUAAACAUAUUCAAUUCACAGUUCACAUUCAAUUCAACAGUUUUUGUUCAAGCAUUUACAAGUCUGAUCUGAUGAGAUCUAUACAUUGCCUUGUUUAAUGUUACUGAGGGUUAUAUAUAGGACUGUCAGAAUGAGUUGUAUCUGAUUAAUCAUUUGUUGUCAUUUUAUUGAAGACCUGUACAAGUACAUUAUAAUAUCGGUUAGCCCCACCUUCGCUUCAAGAGGAACUGUCCCUUCUGUUGAUGACAUUUCCUCUUUUACUAAACAGAAUUUUACUUAUUUUACUAAUUUUUACUUAUUUACUGGGGUGGACAGCUGAGGUAACUAUAAAAUACCCUUUCAGAGAAUUGGAACUGACAUAUUUUCAAGGUGCUGGGCAACAUUUUCCUGUGGGUGUAUGAAUGCUUGGUCAAGGACUAGAGGGUAUUGUUGGGCAUACAUUUGGAACAAUGUACAUCUUGUGUCAUACUUCAACACUUCCUUUUCACCCAUAGUUAUAGAAUUCUACUCAUGACUUCUGUGUGUGUAGACAUUAUUGAUAUGCAGACAAUAAGAUCAUAAAUAUAACGUAUAAAUGUAUAGUAAAAUUACAUUUGAAUUUGGCUAACAGAAUGCAUGCAAAAAUUGCUUUCUUUGUAAAAUGACAUGUCAUAUUGGUAAUGACAUGUGAAUUUUAAAAAAGUGCAAAACUGCAAACACUACGUUGAUGUGUUUGCAGUAGUUUGUUGUGUAAAACAAAGCCAAUAAAUAUAUUUUAUUUGUAUAACAUCAUUAUAAAACAUUUUUUACAUUGGAUGAAGUAUUCAAAUCACUGUAGUUAACUAUUAAGAGAUUAUGUAAUCUAAUCUACUAGUAUAAAUGCAUCACUUAAAUGAAAGUAUGGAUAUUACAGGGGUACACAAAUUAGCAUUUUAGCGGCAGUCUAAGUAUCCCCAGCAACUACAGACUGCUAGCUAUUAAGCUAUUAUAGUGCAAGGACUCCAUGGCACUAUCUCACUGUAAAGAGUCAAAUUUCUUUUUAAACAGUAUGACACUUUCAUAUGUCCUCCCAGAGCCUGCAGCACAGCCCCUCUGCAUCAAUAUUUUACUAAUGCAGAAGUUCCCCCUCCCCUUUAGAAAUAUUGAUUUUGUCCAACUUGGAGAAAAUUAUUUGACUUAAAGUGUCAUCUGACACUCUUCAACUGGUAAAUUCCAUCAUAAAUUGGUCAAAAUGUAUAUAUUUCUAAAGUGGAAGAGGACCUUCUGCUUUGGUGAUGUCUGUGGAAAGAGCCUGGAACAAGGGCAAUGGGGUUACCAGGUGUUAACCCCUUUGAAACAAUUUGACUCUUAAAAGUGAGACAGUACCAGGGAGCUCCUGGCGCCAUAAACUCUAUAAUGUGCUGUAGUGGUUAUGAUCCUUAGAUUGCCUCUUUAACUGUUGAUAAAUACACUGCACAAGUUAUAUACUUUAGAACUCUACAUUAGAUCAGAGGAAAUGCUUCCAGAUUAUACUUAAAAAUUGCAAUGUAUUUCUACCUGUUACAUAAAAUACAUUAUAUUAAUUAUAAACGUUGGUUAUUAAUAUAAUCAAAUAAUGGUUAAACAUUUUUAUUUUUAUUUGCAAUGUCAAACAAUUGGCAUGCAAAAUAUAAAUUGGUUUACAUGGAUAAGAUGCAUUCAGAAAAAGAUAUAUAAAAAAAAAGAUGGCAUGUAAAGACAAAAUGGAAAAGUAGACAAGUAUGCAGUAAAGAAAUAGUAAUGCUGUUCGUUUUAUUGUUGGGAAUGUGUAUUAAGUGAACAGACAAAAAUCAACUUACGGUACUGCAAAUAUAAACACAGAUUCCUUUAUAUAUUUAACAAGCAUACCAGAGCCAACUUGAACAGAAGACACGUAUAUGGUUUGUGUUUUAUCAAGUACAGGUACACUUUACUUCAAUUGAUGUUAUUUGCAUUAUAGAAGGAAAACAGACAUGGAAUAUAGUUGUGCUUGUCUCUGUCCCUCAAACUCUAAAUGACCAAGUGCCACUGUUUUACUUUCUUACUCUCUCCAACUUCUAGCUGUAUAUAGCUGCUGCCCAUGGGAGCUGUCCUACUGCUAGGAAGGAUGGGUGGUGCAAUGAGGAGGGCUGGUAGUGGCCACCUACAAGGGUUCCAGGCACAAAACUUAUUGGCUGGAAGGGAGAUAGGCCAGGCCAGCCCCCCGACCUCAGAUUUCGAUACUUUUCCCAGUGUUAUGUUUAAACAUUCUCUAUGUACAUAAUAUGGGGAAGUCAUAUCAGGGGAGCCAGGCAGAGGCGAGAGGGGUACUGGAGGAGGUACCUCCUGCUCCCACCCAAACUAGCCCAGCUGUGCACACCGGCCGGAGGGAGGGUCGGUGUGAGAUGGGGAGAGAGGGGGGGGGGCUCAGAGCUGGAAGGACAAUGGGAGGGAGCGUGUGGAGGGGGAGGAGAGGAAUAGCGCCCGAGAGGAAGGAGGGAGGUGUGUGUGAUAAUGUAAGUGGGAGGUGCGGUACUUGGUGCUGAAGGAUCACACUGAAGAAGACGAAGAUCUCUGAUCGCUCGGAUCGCGCCUUUACACCCGCCCUUCUCCCCCCCCCCCCUCCUCUAUCUGCGCUCGAUUUCGAAUCCUUAGGAGCCGCGGCCGCCUCUGCUGUAGCGCUGUGAGAGAGCACACACACACACACACAGUGAGAGAGAGAGAGAGAGAGAGUACGCGGUGUGCCCGAGCACUGUGUGAGUCGGCUGCGCAGCUCCUGUGCGCACACCAGCAGCAAGCACCCUGGCAUUACAGCGAGAGAGGAGGCCAGGCGGCUCACAACUGAACGAAAAGUAACCAGCCCAGCCCGGCAGCGGCCCCGGCACCCCCUGCCCCCAGCAUGGCUUCCGAGGAACUCUAUGAGGUAAUGUGACCGGCCGGGCGGAGACCCCCCUUCCUGCCCGGGGGGGGGGAGACUCUGACCCCCAACAACUCAGCUGCUAUUACCCCGCUUUACAGUGACCCGGCUAGGCAGCGCCCCCGGGGUAUAGUUAUUUUAUUUUAUUGCGGGAGCUCUGUUGGAGUUACUCCUCUCCCCAGCACCUUCAUCUUCCUCACACUCAGUGAGAGACCGUGUGCGGCCGCCGCUUCCUCCUCUUCGUCAUUAUCCUCCGCUUCAUCCUCAGCAGCACUUUGCUGGACAGUCAUAAUGAGGGGAGCCGGGCAAGUGGCCUUCCUCCCCCCCUCCUCCUCCCCCUGGAAGGCUGGCUGCUGAGUGAGUGAGUGAGCACACUCAGGGUGUAUGCUAUCCAGUGACUGUCAGUGUACUCACCAAUGGUCUCCACACAAAGUGUCUCCCCAUUAAUCACAAUCGGGGGCUCACCAUUACUUGGGAGACUUUACACAGGGGUAAACUGAGCCUCUCCAAACAUAUCGGGGGGCUGGGGGGGUGAUGAUCAGACUUGAGUGAAAGUGCCUAAAAAUAUGAGGAACAGUCAUCUGAGUGAAUGUGCUGAGGCAGCAAGGCACGUAGCGUGAGGAGCUGCUGGGAGGGGAGGGAGGGGGGGCAGGCACGUGCGGAUGGGGUAGAGGGGGCUUUAAAGUAUUGGGAGAGUUUGUUACCUGUCCUAAUAUUGACAUACUGAUUAACACCACAUCCUCUAGUGGACUGCAUGGGACUCCCAACCCUCCCAGUAUGUCAUUGGGUGGGGUUGAUAGAGUGAUUUGGCAAAUAUGGCAGCCCUCUUCAAUAUGUGGAAGUUAAUGGGUGAUAUGUGUGAGUCAUUAAAAUAAAACAUGGACUCCUCCAUUAAGACAAUGGGAAUUUUAAGUUCAGUAGUGCAACUGUUGAUAAAAGUUUUUAGUUUUGUUACUUUUUUGAAGAAAAAUGUGCAUUAGUAGAGUGGUGGAAGUAACUGGGCAGUGACUAUUGAACUUUAUGGGGACUUGAUAAUGGCAUGGGGGAAAGCAAAGUAAAUUUCCAUUGCAAAUGGUAUUGUUUGACAAAUGACUCAUUUUGCUUCUUUUUUAAUAUUUGAAUGCGUUAUAGUUUUGAGCAAGCACAACAUGUAAGAACUAAUCAUUUAUGAAUGAAUGGCUUGGAUUUGUUAGUAGUUGAAGGACCAUUUGAUGGGAAUUAUAACCUUUAAGGAUAACCUGCCAUUUUAGGAAGGAAAAAAAACCCACCAAGGAUACUUGAAAUAAUGGAGGGUUGACUUUUGUUAAAAAUGUUUUAUAUUUUAAUAGCUGCUUUUUCUGUUAACUCUUAGCAUGUUAUUCUUACCAGAUGCAAAUAUAAUUAUAGUAGUAGUGAAUUACAUUUUACUAAAGUUCAUCAUCUGAUGAACUCGAUAUUGGUCGGUUUUCUUAAGAGGCUGCCAUUGCAUUUUCUGACCACUGAUAACCACAUUGCCAGAUGGUUACAUGGCUUGGACAAUUCCUUGCAUCCGUUGUAUGGAUAUCUUGUAAAUUAAUCUAAAAUGUUGCACAUGUGACAUUUGAUGACUAGAAAUUGUAAUGUUAAUCAAACAUUUGACAUAUAUUGUGAGUCAGUAUCAUAAAUAAAUUGGGAUCUGGGGCAGAACUACUACUCAUUCAUCUGUUUGUUGGCGUAUUUUGUGUGUUUUACCCUUUCUCCGUUCGGGAAUACUUCAUACGAACGUAGUCCAUGUGUCUCCCGAAUGGGGACCACCCCUGUACCCCGUUAGAACGUUCACACCAUUAACUCAAGUGCGAAACUGCAAGGGAAGUAAUUAAUGAAUGCUCCCCUUUGUGGCUGUCAUUUUGUAUAACCAAACAUGUGACAGACAAAAAAAAAAAUAGUGGCCAUCUUGUCUCCCGAACAUGGGCAGCGGAUCUUGGUCGUCGACUGCCUGUAACUCUUUUCGGCUAGGUAAUUGCGCGAACCUCGGUAAAACCUAGACCGCUGCCCGUUCUAUUUCUCGAUCACCUACAUGAUCGACGUUCGUUAGCUAUGAACUACCAAACAGGGUAGUAUUCGUCUACCAAAAUGAAACUAUUCCCUUGCUUGGUGUUCGCACAAGAACCUCACAAACGAAGACCGGCCAGAGCACCUAUUUUCCUGGAACUCUUUUGGGCUAUCUCCUCGUGUCUGGGCGGUCAAAACUUUACCUUGAUGGCAUUCCCGUUUCACUGAACUGAUUUGAGUGAUUCUUGGAUAUGUUGUACACUCAAAUCGGGGCUAUCGGGGAAUGUACUUUUUGUGGGGUUCCUGAGUAUGGUGGGUGCACUUUUGGGGUACUAUAUAUUUUGUUGGAUGUUUUGUACCUGAGAAUUCUCACACAAUUAUCUAUCAGACACAGAGGAUCCGGUUUUCUUGUAUUGUAAACCCCAUGUACAGAACUGGGCAUAAUAGCCGUGUAUGUUCCAAUAAACCUCAGUUGACUCCCAGGACUAUGUUUCGUCUGGUUAUUGGGGGAACGGGUAUUUACUUGUGCUGAUGGUUCCAGAGUGGCUGAAGUAAGGUAAUAGCGGAGAUAACCAUUUGGGUUACCCGUGGUCCGUUACACUCACAAGUAUCCUUUGUCCAUAUGCCAUAUAGAGCACAGUUUCACUGUUAAAUCGACACUAGUCAAGUCACCAAAACAAUUUUAGCUUAAUGAAGCCGUUUUGGUGUGUAGAUCAUGUCCCUACAGUCUCACUGCUCACUUCUCUGCAGUUCAAUUCACACCUCCUGCAUGUAACAUGCAUAACCUUCCUAGACAUUUCCUUUAAAGUUAGAUCUAGUGUUUACAUUUCCUUUAUUGCACAGUCUGUUUAAUUUAGAAUUUCUUAUCUCAUGCACUGUUACUAGUUUGCUAGACCUUGCAGGAGCCUCCUGUGUGUGUGAUUAAAGUUCAAUUUAUGGAACAGGAGAUAAAAACAUCUAAAGCAAGUUAGCAUAUUAUUGAAAAUUAAACCAUUUUUCUAUGCAUGCUGUGUGUCACAGCCAGGAAACGUAUGGCUAGGGCUACUGAAACAAGUGAUUUAACUCAUAAAUGGCAUUGAAUCGAGCACUGAGACUUAAAAGGCAUGAUCUAUACACAAAAAACGCUUCAUUACGCAAGUGGUGUUUGGUGCCUAUAGUGUGCCUUUAAUUGUUGCCAAUUACUCCUAACCUUCCAUUUAAAAGUUUUUACUUGGUCAUAAGUAGUGUACAAUUUGAAAUGUAUGUUUUGUCAUUUAUUCUAUAACUUUCCAGGGUUUCCUAUGAUUGUGCAAGAUUGGACACAUCGUGCAACAUUAUAAAUUUUAUAUACAAGUGGCUAAGUUUGUAGAGCUGCACUUGCUCUUGAGGUUUUUUAAUUUUUGUUUAGAGUUUUGAGGAUAGCUGCGAUGUGGUGAUUCUUUUUGGAGGAGGAGAUAAGUACAUGUUGUAAAUUUUAAUGCUUAGUUUGUGGUUAUAAUGUAAUAAUGGUUUCAGUUUUAAUGGAAUCCAAUGUGUAGGAAAAGAGUUCAAGAAAUCAAUGCAGGUAAGUGUAAAAUUUGGACUGCUGCACAGUAUGAUGAAUCAUUCGUAAUUUCAAAUUUUUGUAUGUAUUUGUCACACAUGUGGGUGCUCUAUCAGCCCCAAUUCUCCACAAGUUCCAAACCUACUAUUCAGUGUAUUGAGUUAUUUCGUACCACUGCUAAUUUGGUUAAUCCCUUAACGCCGUUACGGCGUUCUAUGCCGUCCCGCAUUAAUAGGGCUUUAAAGCUGUUGCGGCGGCAUAGAACGCCUUAAUGGCUUUGAACCCCAGGAGGUCCGGUAGACUUACCUCCGCCGUAAAAAUAGAAAUUUAUUUAUAUAUAUAUAUAUAUAUAUAUGUAUAUUAUAUAUGUAACAUCAUACAAAGUGUAUUUUAAUAUUAAUAUAAGUACAUAUAUUCGUAUUAAAAAUACACUUAGAAUGACGUUACACAUGUGUAUACUAAUGUAAUCUUUUAUGUAAUUAUAUGUAUAUAGUCAUUCUAAGUGUAUUUUGUUACAUAUAUACACAUACAAUAUAUAUAUUUUUUAAUAAAAUACAGUUAGAAUGAAAUUACAUAUGAUAUAUAUUAAAUUUUGUGUGUAUAUAUAUAUAUAUAUAUAUAUAUAUAUAUAUAUAUAUAUAUAUAUAUAUAUAUAUAUAUAUAUAUAUAUAUAGAAAAAUAUAUAUUGUGUGUGUGUGUGUGUGUGUGUGUGUGUGUGUGUGUAUAUAUAUAUAUAUACAAAAUUUAAUAUAUAUCUUAUGUAAUUUCAUUCUAACUGUAUUUUAUUUAAAAAAAUAUAUAUUGUAUGUGUAUAUAUGUAACAAAAUACACUUAGAAUGACUAUAUACAUAUAAUUACAUAAAAGAUUACAUUAGUAUACACGUAGAAUUUAAAUACCUAUAAAUGCAUAUAUAUUAAAAUUCUAUGUGUAUAUUUAAGUAAUCUUUUAACAUAAUUAUGUGAUUUGAUUAAUUAAAAUUUGAGUGACAUGCCUGACAACACAGGGAGAAAGUACAGAGAAUUUAAUUUGCAAGCACUAUGUAGAAACAUAGAAUGUGACGGCAGAUAAGAACCAUUCGGCCCAUCUAGUCUGCCCAAUUUUCUAAAUACUUUCAUUAGUCCCUAGCCUUAUCUUAUAGUUAGGAUAGCCUUAUGCAUAUCCCACGCAUGCUUAAAAUCCUUUACUGUGCUAACCUCUACCACUUCAACUGGAAGGAUAUUCCAUGCAUCCACUACCCUCUCAGUAAAGUAAUACUUCCUGAUAUUAUUUUUAAACCUUUGUCCCUCUAAUUUAAGACUAUGUCCCCUUGUUGUGGUAGUUUUUCUUCUUUUAAAUAUAGUCUCCUCCUUUACUGUGUUGAUUCCCUUUAUAUAUUUAAAUGUUUCUAUCAUAUCCCCCCUGUCUCGUCUUUCCUCCAAGCUAUACAUGUUAAGAUCCUUUAACCUUUCCUGGUAAGUUUUAUCCCGCAAUCCAUGAACCAGUUUAGUAGCCCUUCUCUGAACCCUCUCUAAGGUAUCAAUAUCCUUCUGAAGAUACGGUCUCCAGUACUGUGUACAAUACUCCAAGUGAGGUCUCACCAGUGUUCUGUACAAUGGCAUGAGCACUUCCCUCUUUCUACUGCUAAUACCUCUCCCUAUACAACCAAGCAUUCUGCUAGCAUUUCCUGCUGCUCUAUUACAUUGUCUGCCUACCUUUAAGUAAUCAGAAAUAAUCACCCCUAAAUCCCUUUCCUCAAUUGUUGAGGUUAGGACUCUAUCAAAUAUUCUCUACUCUGCCCUUGGGUUUUUACGUCCAAGAUGCAUUAUCUUGCACUUAUCCACAUUAAAUGUCAGUUGCCACAAUUCUGACCAUUUUUCUAGUUUACCUAAAUCAUUUGCCAUUUGGCUUAUCCAUCCUGGAACAUCAACCCUGUUACAUAUCUUAGUAUCAUCAGCAAAAAGACAUACCUUACCAUCAAGACCUUCUGCAAUAUCACUAAUAAAAAUAUUCAAGAGAAUGGGUCCAAGUACAGAUCCCUGAGGUACCCCACUGGUGACAAGUCCAAGCUUCGAAUAUAUUCCAUUAACUACAACCCUCUGUUGCAUGUCACUCAGCCACUGCCUUACCCAUUCAACAAUAUUGGAAUCCAAACUUAAAGAUUGCAGUUUAUUGAUAAGCCUUCUAUGUGCAACAGUGUCAAAAGCCUUACUGAAAUCUAGGUAAGCAAUGUCUACUGCAUCACCCUGAUCUAUAAUUUUAGUUACCCAAUCAAAAAAAUCAAUAAGAUUAGUUUGGCAUGAUCUCCCUGAAGUAAAUCCAUGUUGUCUCUGAUCAUGACCCUGUAACUCUCCAAGACCCCAUGUACAGGUUUUAUGGUGUUUUUGAAAGUUAGAGAGUCACAUAUAAGGCUUCCAUUUAAUUUUUUUGACAUUGAAAUUUGACAGAUUGGUUAUGUUGCCUUUGAGAGCGUAUGGUAGCCCAGGAAUGAGAAUUACCCCCAUGAUGUCAUACCAUUUGCAAAAGUAGACAACCCAAGGUAUUGCAAGUGGGGUAGGUCCAGUCUUUCUUAGUAGCCACUUAGUCACAAACACUGGCCAAAUAUUAUUUACUUUUUUCACACAAAAUAAAUAUGAACUCUAACUUUGGCCAGUGUUUGUGACUGUGGGUGCACUUAAUGUGACAGCAGUGAAUUACGGUUGAACAGACAUAUAGUGCAAACUCCAGUUUUUGUUUACGUUUUGUUUUGAUCAGAACGUGCACUAUUGACUCCGUCCUGAAGGGGUUAAAUUUCAGUUGGAUUAGUCUUUAUUUUUUUCAGUACUAUUGGGAUUUUACCAGACUGAUUUUCUAAAUCAGUGGCUUCUCUCACACCUCUCCCCUCUGACCUUACAUUGGCUUCCUGCAUCCUAUAGGAGUAAAUUCAAAGUACUAAUUCACACCUUUAAAGCGCUGAGCAAUUCUAGCCCCUUCUAUAUAUCUUCACUGAUCCGUAGGUGUGCCCCUUCUCUGUCUCUCCGCUAUGCCCAUGACCUUUUCCUGCUUGCACCCUUACAGCCAACCCGUACUUACAAGACUUCUCACAGGCGGCUCCUUUCCUUUGGAAUAGCCUGUCUACCACCUCCUCUAGACUGUAAGCUCAUUUGAGCUUUUCACCCUAUUGUUUUUGUAAUUGUUUCAUUUAUUGUUAAAUCUCCCCCUCUGAUCUUGUAAGGCGCCAAGGAAUAUGCUGAUUCUAUACAAAUACCAAUAAUAAUUUUGUCAUUUUCCACAUUUUCUACAUUUUGUGCUUUAAGUUCAUGAAAUUCAAACGUCACAUAUGCAACUCUACUUGAAUGUUCGUUUGAGUGGAAAAUGUUUAGUUUUUUUUAAGAAUGCAUAAUACUAUGUAGGUGGUGUUAUCAGCAAAUUGUUGCCUCUGUAUAUUUAAAUAAGAUAAGUAGAGCGAGUAAUAUAAUUUUAAAGAAUUUAAUCCGAUUCAAAGUAUCCUGGAUUCGAUGCAAUGAUCCAUAUAUUCCAGGUUAGUUUUUAGCCUAAUAUCCAUGGCAUAUUUUUUUUUUUUUGUUUUGGAUUACAGUUUUACGCACAAUUUUUAUAAAUUAAUGAUUGCUUGUUUAUACUGAGAAAGAUCAAUGUUGGUGUAGAGCUUAGUCACCUGUUGGUGCAGCAGUGUCCAUGUGGUUCUUGUUCUAAAAAGAAAUGUCAGAGAGAUUUAGAUAGCUGUAAGUGUUUCAAUAUUCUUUUGCCUUUCUCUAUUUUUAUAAAAAUGUUUAGGGUCUUAUUUGUUACUAGGAGUAUUAUUUUCCGAACCAGUGUUUGCAUUAUUUGCAGUGCAAUCUUUGUACCCAUUGUAGUUCCUAUAUAAUGAAGAGCAUUUCCCUUACAUGAAUUGCUACUAAAUAUAUUUAUAACCAUGGUUCUUACUGUUUUGUAACAAAGACCCAAAUUGCAAGUAUAGAUUUACUUUAGUGACAUUCAGUUUUAAAAUUAGCUUAAUGACUCAUUUGUAUGCUAAUGUAAUAUUUAACAAACAUUUCUAUGAAAGCAAAAGCAUUAACAAUUUUAAUGUCGGAGGGAUCUCCGUUGAUCUGGAGAAGGUACUACUGCAACAUAAGUAAAUUUGUUGAGCACUAAUGUCUGGCGUUGGUAUAUGGCAUGACAAUUGCAACCAUUUUGGUUUCACUAAAAUAGCAUGAUGAUCCAAUUGUGUAAGUCCUUACCUAGAGGUUAAAAAAAAACACUGUUUUACAAUGCUAUGAGAUGUUGAAAGACAUAUUUGAUUUAAAGAUCUAAAAAGUUAGUUCAAAUGAAAUAUUGCCUUGAAAAUAUUCUUGACUCACACAUAUUGAUUUUUAUUUUUUAUUUUUUUUUAGUUUUAUAUCAAAGUGACAUUCAUGGUACCUGUGUUUUUUUUGUUUUUGCUGGUUUCUUAUUGUGUUCAUGAUCAAUUUAGGACUUUAAUGUAUGAGCUUGUUAAAAUGCAAAUGAACUGUGAAUGUAAUGUAUCAGAAGAAAGAUUAAAGAAAUGAAACCCAACUUACUUCUAAAAGCAAACAUUUUUUAUGUAGAAGGCAGUUUGAAUAAUGAUCAAACUCUAAAAGCAAAGAGUCCAAUUUCACAUGAUUGGAUUAUUAUAUACUGGAAAAGCCAAUGGAUUAGCAGAAUAUUGUCAACCAAGACGAGAUACUUAUGUUUUCUGAAAAAUUACUUACACAAAACCAUUUUCAAAAAAAUAUGUUGGCAUUUCCAGUGAUAUAGAGAGAGUGGUAAAUUAUCCAUAUUGAAGUUAAAACAUACUUCAAAAUGUAAGCUCAUUGAGCAGGGCCCUCAAAGCCUCUGUUUCUGUGCGUAUACUGGUUUGGUUACAAUUUAUGUUUGUUAGUCCACCCAUUGUACAGCGAUAAAGAAUUUGCUGGUGCUAUAUAAAUAAUAAUAAAAGAGCUAGUGUAGCACAUAAUGCCUGAUGGUGUAUUUAGUAGAAACCAGCAAACCGCUUAUCCUUUGUAUACUUGGGUGACUUUCUGUCGUUACUGCAACUUCUAACAUCUUCUACAUGAAAAGUACUUUUUGCUUCAGGUACAUCUGCCCACAUAAAAUAAAACGCAUGUUCUGUUUAAUUUGUUGUCCCCAUUUAACCAGACUUAUUUUACUAAAACUGGCUGAUAAUUGUUCUUAGAGGAUGUAAUAUCAUUGGAUAUGAUGUCACAUCUUGAUUUGAAGGCAAUUGUUUCUCACCAACCCCAGAAUGUUAGACCAGUUCUUUAAUGUUGGUCAAGACAGACUCACCAAAUAACUUAGCCCAGCACACACGUCUUGUCCAAAUACACCUUUUUACAACUUUUUUUGCUGGUGAAUGCAUUAUUAAGGGCAGAUGAGCACCCCAACGGUUGAAAUCUUAUAGUACACUUUUCAAAAGUGACUAUUUUGCUGUGCGUGAUUUUAUACAACCGGUCAUACUACAAACUCCUUCAUGUGGUUGGUGGGAUAUUCUUUUCAUUUGUUGAGAUCAACUGGACCUUUGAGCACCUAUAUAGAUGUUUUUUUUUUUAAAUACAAUUUAUGACCUACAACCUUUUCUUACAUUCCAGCUUUGCAAGACCCAUAACAUAAAGGAUUUUAGUGAAUCACUGAAUUCAACAUUUUUGUUCAUUUUAGAGGCUGUACUUAAGGGACAUUUAGCAGCUAUCCUUGUAAAAUUUCACUUCCUAGUACAUUUGCUCCUUGAUGUGUUGCAAGACACUUGAGUUACUGACUUAUUGAUGAGUAAAUGAACUUUCUGGAGAAAGUUACUGCUAAAGCAUCAAACACAAUUCAUCUGGAUGGGGAUAUUUACAUCCUAUUGAAAGCCAUAGGAAGAUUAGGGUUGACUAGAUAUAAGACAUAGGCAGCGCAGGGGGACAGACUCUUAAUCAAAAUUAUCUCAGGGAUGAUGGAUUUCAUGCAAAUAGCAUAUGAAAAUAGCAGGCUAACAAAAUCACUCACUGUUCGCCUUAGGGAGCUUCCUUUUCCAUGAUAGAAAGAGAGCACUUUAAAGGGACACUAGUCGCCAUAACCACUACAGCUUAAUGUAUUGGAUCUGGUGUCUAAAGCCUGUCCCUGCAGGCUUUUCGAUGCAGAUGUUACCUUUUCAGAGAAAAAAGCAGUGUUUAUAUUGGUGUUUAAUGGCAGUUACUCAGCGAAGCAUUCAUUCAAUGCAUCUUUUUGAUGCUAGCUGGGAUCUGAUUGGUCACUCACCUCUCCCUUCAAAGUUUAAAGUUAAUAAAUGAAUUCAAUUGCUGUUUUUCCUCUAUUUUUCAAAUGACUUUCAUUGUAGUGGUUUAGCCUGCCUCCCCAGACCAAGUAAUCAUGCACGUGAGUGUAUUUAAAUGUCUGUGUGUGUGUACAGAUAUUUAUCCAGUCCCCUUCUGGAUAGAGGUGGGGAUAGUUGCUACUUUAGAGGCAUUUUAGAUCAAAACUUUGGACACUUUCACAGCCAGAGGGUUAAAUUAAUACAUUUUUGUUUUUUUACUUCUUGGAAACAAGAUGGUGGUUACGUUCUCUGGUUGCUUUUAAAUUUUUUUUUGUAUAUUAUUAACUCAAUAGGUAUUAUUAUAAGCCAUGAUUUGAAUAUAUUGUUUUAAGAGUUGGCACUUUUUUUUUUCUUUUUCCCUCUUCCUCAUUGUGGGUUUUUUUCCAACUGCUGAAUGCUUAGUUUUGUUUCACUUUAGGACCAGUUUGUUUUUAUUUAUUUUUUUUCACCAUAUACUCCCAUUUCUUAUGCAAAUCUCCUACUUUAUUUCUGGUAAGUUUUAUGUGUUUGCUUCUAUAUGUUUGAGUUAGUGACUUUUAUAACACUCUAUCGUACCUUAUUUUACUGUUUUAUAUUGAUCAUGAUUUUUCUUGGACCUUUUGGUUUUAUUUUGUCUCUCUAUCUCUGUCUACAGUUUAGACGAUUUGCUCCUUUGACACUGGUCAUCAGAACCACUACAGCUUAAUCUAUUAAGUAAAGUAAAAGUAAGGGAAUUUAAGAGAGGGUUAGUAAAAAAAAAAAACCACCCACCAAAAAGUCCCUUAAGUGGAGCGCUAAAUAGUAGAUAUCCCUAAUCUUAGGGAUUUCAGGUGUUCCAAAUGGAGGUUUAGAUAUGCAAAAAAAGAGAAAAUAUAUUUCCAGUAGUGGAGUAUGUCAAAAUGUAAUGCAUAAAUGAUAAAAUCUAUAUAAUUAAACUCACAAGUGAAGAGCCAAGUCAGGGACUGUCUCAAAUCACAAUUGCCUUGGUGUACAUUGGGAGACUCCUUCCCUCUUUUAUUUGCUUUUUUCAAUACUUAUAAGGGAAUACACAAAGAUAAAGAGAGAUCUCUGGCAAAGUAUGUUAGAAUAAAGUCUAAACAAAUAAGAAACACCAAAUGGUAUAGUGCCCACAUUUUCCAGAGCCGAAUCUGAAUAUCUGGCUCUGGUUGGACAGUUUGUUACCCACUGAGGGGGGUACACCUUCUUUGGAGGUAGAUAAAGAUAGCAGCAAGUUAGGACUAAAAAUGAUCCAAAUUAUUAAUUUAUUAAAGUAUUAAAAAAUUAACAAGUGUGUAUUAUAAAACAAUAAAAAAUAAUGUCCAUAAGUGCUGGGAAUCUCCCUCGAGAUGCGUUUUGCCCUUUCCUCUGGCUUUUUCAACCAAAGUUGAUCUCUUCAUCUUUAUUAGAAGAAGCUAGUGACCCCUUGGGGAGCUAGCAAAAAGUGUGUCAGGGGCAACCUUUCAGGGGGUAACCCUCACAAACGUAUAUAACUCAAAAAGAAAAGGCCCCAAGGGAUGAAACAUCCCAGGGGUCAUAGGUUGGGAGGUCCCUCAAAAUGCUACGUAUGUACCUUUAAAACAUAACUUUUAUUAGAAAAUGAAAUAAAAGUGCCAGUGCUUGUGACUGUGAAGCUUGUGACACACACAAAAAAGUAUUAAAAGAAACAGACAGGCUAAUGAAUGACUACAAUAAUAGUUAUACUGGAUAGGGGCCCCAAUGGUAAGCUUGCUUAAUAACACCAAUUGCACAAUGGGGUAUACUCACUCCAUCCGUAGCUUUAAAUAGAAGAGGUAACCGGUGCGUGCUGAGACCUCUAAAUUGCAAAGGUUACAUAAACCCUAAUAAAUGAAGAAGAUAUGUAUCUAACAAACCACACUUGUGCACUUCUAAAAUAUGUGCCAAGGUUACGUCUGCUGAAAUACCCCAAUAGGCUGUGUUAUUGGCAUACACCGAAAAAUGAAUAAAUAAGAAACAAAAAACUGAACUGCUUGUAACAGAAAAUAGUAAUAAGCCCCUACGGAGAGAAAAGGCAUAUUCCCACGUUGCAUAUUAAGAGGCUAAUAAUACUUUCUUACAGUCCCAUAGGACCAAAUUGAUGUGAGGGAUAAGCUAUCUCAUCUUAUAUGGACGGAAUUGAUGUGUCUUAUCACCUGCCUAAUGGGUAAAACGAGGUCACAGGGAGCGUUUGGUGGUGAGAAAUGCUUGCCCUACAUAGAUACUGCAAUGUCGGUAUGCCCUGCAUCCAUGUCUCCCACCAUAUCCCCAAACCCACAAAAAGCUAAACGGCUAAAGUAAAUUACAGGUUAAAACGCCUGUCUGUGACGCUGCCUGACGCGUGUUUCGGCUCUGCUAAAGCGCCUUCAUCUGAGGCAUAACGAGGGGGGGUGCUUAUCAUACCGGAGUCAAAUUUAAAGGAUAUACGGACCAAUGGGAGCUGAGGGCACGUGAGUCCCCUUUCGCGCCAAUUCAGACGUGCAACUUGACCACACCCCCCAAUACGUGUUGCAAACGGAUUCGUGGGAAGGAAAUGAAUGGGUACAUGGACGUGUGUUAACCCUAUGGGUACCGUACAAAAGUAGGUGGAUCCACAUGAAGUCCCUAAUGGGACCUGUACCCCGCUACUACCCAUCCCUCGAAAGAUCAGACACUAAUAGGAGUAUAAUAAUACAUGGCUUUUAAUAAAAUGCUGAAAUAGCUGUAAUAAAUGAGUCCAUGUACAUGUGUUGCCCAUAUCUGUUCCGUAUGGAUAUACACUUAUGAAGUCCCAAGAGGGGCUUUUACCUCGAUCCUACCCAUCCCUAAAUAGUUCAACACUAAUAGGAGUGUGACAACACACAACUUGCAGCUUAAAUGGCGAGACAGCCGUUUCAGAACGUAUUAGGACAAUACAUCCUACAGAAGGGGUGGAUAUAAGACAUUAUGAACGGUGACAAAUUAUCGACUUUGUGCAAAUUGCACAUCACCUGGUAGUAAUACAGGUGGUGCCCUGAAUACAAAAUCCCUUAUCGAGGCACCGGUGUAAUGUGGUGUAGGAGACCACCCUGAUGGUCUCAAUUGAAUUACUACACAACUCUCCUUCUUCUAAGGCCCUCAUCCUUAUCCCUGGAGAUUUGUGCAUUCCUUCCAUCUGCUUGUGUCUCCCUUUUGCUUGAGUUUCCCAAAAAUCCUCAUCUCUAGGGGAUCUGUUGAGGUGUUCAAACUUAUUCCUCGUAUAGACAUUUCUUCUUUUAUCUAUUUUAUCUUUUAAUGUAUAUGCUUUUUAAUGUAAAUAUGCCUUUUUAGAGAAAAGGCAGUGUUUACACUGUUUCCUAGUAACAUUUCUAAUGGCAGUCACUGAGAUGGGUACUAGAGGUGUUGCACAGUCUACAUCCAGUGUCUCCACAUUCUGUAUGGAGGCGCUGAACGUUUCCCCAUAGAGAUGCAUUGAUUCAAUCCAUCUCUGAGGAGAUGUUGUUUGGCGCAGCAUUGGGUUGAGGUAAUAUAUUUGAUCUCCUUUAUAUCUAGUGCAAAUUUUUUUUUACAAUCCAUGUCUAGGUACAUGCAUGUGCCUGUAUAUAUGUAUUGAUCACUUGUAGUGGUACGUCUACCACUUUACUUUGCAUAUUGCAGUAUUGGUUGACAGAGCAACCUCUGUAGACACAUAUUUGUAUAUGCUUUUUCUAUCUCUUGGUGAGUUUAUUUUUUUUUUUUUCUGCAUGUUUUCUGGCACACCUGGUAUGCUUUUUGCACCUAAUUUCUUACUUUGCUAUCACAAAAUCUCAUUUAUGUAUAGGUUGCCUUAGCAACCUUUGCAUUUCCUCACACAUCACAUGAUGUUUCUGGUCACAUGAUUUUUGGUCUGCUGACAAUUUCCUGGUCUUGAUGCACUGUCAGUCAGGGUUUGCUUCACUUAGUAAGGUAUAAUUAAGUGUGCUUGCAUAGCAAGACCACUUAUUAUCACACACACACACACAUAUAUUAUUACGUGUUCUUGCAUAGCAAAACCGCUUAAUAUUAUCUCACAUAUAUAUUAUUCUAGCCAAAUUUACCACCCUAACUCCUCCCACAGUUUUUAUACUACAUAGACAGUAAUAUACCAAAACGUGCGGAUUGUUCCCGAUGGAUUGCUAUUACUUUGUGGAACGUUUUCUUGGAAUGGUUAACAAAAUAUCGUUUUUGUGGCGAAAUUGGUCCCAUAGGGAUGAAUGGCGAAAUGUUCAAAACUAGAGUGGGAGCUGGCAAAAGCUGAAAAAUCAGGACAUGAUUUCUAAACUGCCACCACUCCCUCAUUUUCAAGCCCACCUACACAAAUCUUAUACCCAAACGUUUAGCUAUGCCUGCUGCCACUAAACAUGUCCACGGCUAAGCCGUAGUCCUAAUAGUUUUCACAAUAUGACCAUUUGUUUGCAACUCACGCCAUCCAUUGACAUUCAUUGAAACUCCACUCUAGCCAGCUCAAAUUUGAAGGGCAAAUUCUAAACUGUGACUGUGCCUUUAUUGUUAUUAUUUCAUAGACAUACUAUGCAUGUGCAUGUAGGUCUGGGUCUUGUGAUUUUCACAAUAUAAAGCUCUUCGCUGUAGGAUUUAUAGGGUUUUUUUUUUUUUUUUAUAAAUAUGACCGUUUGAAGAUGGCAACCGCCAGCGAAGUGAGCAAUUUGGAGCAGUUUGUUUUUAACCGCUUUUCUCUGCCCUAUUUGAAAUCUAUUAGUUCCUGUUGGCAGUUCGUGGAAUGUUCGAGGGAUUUGAAAGCUCUUCUCUGCCCUUGCUGUAGAGUGAGUGAACCACACUCCAACUUUCCACAGUUACUCAAGCCACUCCACCCAGUUACUCCGCUCACUUAUAUCUUAUUAACUGGUAAUAUUGCAAUACAUUGGAACCCAAAAGCUGUUGGAUUCCUUCGUCAUUCAAUUUUCUUCAUGCUCUAGCUCGCCCCAAGGCUCUUGGCAGACUCUUCUUGCCUAAAACGAACAGCUACUACUCUUAUAGCAUAUACCCUCCUUGGACUACUAGAUUGCCAUUAGGUCAUAAGGUUCUAGUGAUCCCAUUCUUGAUGAGGCAGAAGCCAUUUGAUGUGGAGAAAUGAAAGAGUUCUGUUAGGGCUCAUUUACUUUUUAAUUUUAGUAUCCAUCAAAUUGUAAGUGUUGGCCCUGUUAGUUGCUUGUUGUAUUAUGUUGUUCACAUUAAUCAUCUAUCCUCCACUAGAUCUUAGUGGUGGUCGAAAUUUCAAAGGUUCAGUCUAUUGAUGAAAGUAGUUAAUGGUGGAAAAAUUACCUGGUUGCUUUUGUUCUUGUGGCCAUGUUUCUCAUCACCUAAAGUAGAGCGAAAGGAUUGGGUUUGAGGUGGAGACCAAGUUCUGGUUAAUUUGCAAAUAAAAGUUGUCUCUGUUUAGGAAAAGUAAAUCUUGGGGACUAGAUUUACUGAGAUAUUAAUUUACUUGUGAGGGAGAUAGAAAUGCUCUGGUACAUGCCAUUGCGACCAGUGAGCUUCAUGUAAAAUGUAUCUGAUCAUGCCAGGGAGGAUGUUGCUGGACAUCCUUACUAAUGAGUCUAGAAAUAGGCAUGUCUAUUUCCACUGUCACCAAAGGGGUUAAAAAAAAAAAAAAGUAUUACAUUUUUAGACCAUUAGUGUUUUAUUUAUUUUUUAUUGUGAUGUUGGUUUCCAAGCCUGUUCCCUACCCCCAUUGUUAUAUCUGUGCCUUCUUUCUAAUGCAUGUUGUUAGAUAUGAUACAUAGAACAUCUUUGUUAUUAAAGGGACACUAUAGUCACCAGAACAACUACAGUUUAUUGAAUUUGUUCUGGUGAGUAGAAUCAUUAUAUUCAAGCUUUUUGCAGUAAACACUGUCUUUUCAGAGAAAAUGCAGUGUUUACAUUACAGCCUAGUAAUAACUUCACUGGCCACUCCUCAGAUGGCUGUUCGAGAUCCUUCCUGGGUCAUGGCUGCCUAAAAUGCAUCCAAACAUUCAGUGUCUCCACCCUCUGCAUGCAGACACUGAACUUUCCUCAUAGAGAUUCAUUGAUUCAGUUCAUCUCUAUGAGGAGAUGCUGAUUGGCCAGGGCUGUGUUGGAAUUUUGCUGGCUCUGCCCCUGAUCUGCCUCUUUGUCACUCAGCCAAUCCUAUAGGGAAGCAUUGUGAUUGGAUCAGGCCACCACUUCUACUGAUGUCAGCAGGCAGUGGGCAGGUCUAAAUGAAAACAAGCCAGAGCUAGCAGCUCCAGACUUGAAUACACGUAAGAUUUUGCUGUUUUUAGGGAGGCAUGAGGGGACCAGGGGGGCAAGAUGGUGGUUUUACAUGUUUGUGUUCCUGACCUUAUAGUGCUCCUUUAAGGUAAUGCUAUACACAGUGCGUGAUUUCAGUCCCUAAAGGGUUGUAAAACCCCUUUAUAAAACCCUAUCUGUGCCGUGCAGAAUGUUAUUUUGGUUUUUGUUUUUUCUUCAAAGGAUUAGAGAAGAUUAGCACAAUGACUUAAGUCUUGUUAAAAGUCAUUGUCACUACCUGCACGUUUUAAUGCGUUGUGUACUUGUCUGCUAUAUUUAACUAUAUGUGAAGUAUGAAAAUAAAAUUUACAUGCAUAACUCUUUUGCGAGUAUUGCUUGCAAAUAUGUUGCUUGGAAUAAAAAAAUAUUAAAACAUAGGUAUUUCUCCUGUCAAUACAUUUUUUGGCGUAAACUCUGUGCUAAAAAAGAGUGACAUGAAGAGCAAAAAAGAUAUCUCAAAGGUCUAUAUUUUCUCAAACAUAGUAGCCACAGUGUAUGCACUGUGGUUGAUAUGUUAACAUUGUAGUUGUUGCGAUUAGUGCUGGUUAGGGAGUAUAGGAACAGUGACCAAUGUCACUCCAUUAAUAUACCUCCCAACAUUUCGAAUGGAUAGAAGGACACUUUAAGAUUAGGGGUGUAAGUGCCUGUGUGGCCCAGGGCGGGGCUGUACUGGGACUUUUUCGUGACUUACUAAUAGCAAUUUAUACAUCUAAAAUGUAAUUUAGAACAAGAACAAUGCAUCUUAUUUACACACUUAUUACUAACUAUAUUUUAUAUUGUUAAUUACUUGACACUUUAUUUUAUUUCUGUACAUACUUAUUUCAUAUACAAAUAUUUAUGAUAUUUGUAUUUUAUCCAAUUGCUUGUUUAGUUUUGACAGUGGUUCAUAAGUCAUUUUAUUUAUAUAUGUGCCAAUGUUGUAUGUUAUAUGUUAUAUUAUUUUAAAACAUUAAUCAAAAUAUUUGACAUAACCACAUUUAUUGUAAUUUGGAGGCACAUUUCUGUGAGUUCUGUUGAUGUGGAGCUCUGUUAUACACUUAGACACACUAACAAUAUGGAACUCUUUGAAAAGAGGAUGUCAAAUUUAGAAGAAAAUGGAAGCUUAAGGGUAACACUCUUUCUGGGGGUAACCAAGGUAACUGGAGAAAUUAGAAAACCAAAAUUGAGUACCCUGGUUAAAACUUAACAUUUAUUGUUAUUGAUACAAAUUAAUAAAUAAAAAGGCAUUUUUAUAAUUGUGCAAAAGUGCUCAAAGUGAAUAUAAGAAACCAAGUCUAUAUACAAUAAGUUACAUUUUUCCUGUCCAGUGUCUAUCGAUCUACUCUUCUUUGUAUUCUUUCAGUAAGGUGUAUUGUCUCACUAAUAUCAAUAUAUUCUUACUACAGAAACAAAGUUCUUGAUUGUUUGUAAUAAUGCUCUGUUAUUCGUAGAUUGUUUGGGAAUACAUUUUGAUCUGUGCUCGUUUAGUAAGGUCUGCUGUCAGUUUUUCUUAUUUAUUUCUGUUAAUUUCAGAGAAAGUAAAUUUUACACAAGAGACAUAUAGUGUAAGGACAGAAAUUGUAGGAGAGAAAAUAUUAAUCUUAAGCAGUGGUAGUCAACCUUUUUCUUCCUACCGCCUACUAAUGCAUCUUUCUUGAUGGAAAAAUUUCCUUACCACCCACCAGUUUUCGCGCAAGUGCGGAAUAUUUUUUAGAAAGGAGGGCAUUUAAAAAAAUAAAUGUACGUACAUUUAUCUUUUUAUUUCUACUUAAUGCAUGUUUAUAAUGUUUUUAACUUUAUAAAGUUUAAUGAGAAAACAAAGUAAAUUGAAAUGACCUUUACUAGUGAUUAAUGAGAUCCUUGAGGUUGAUGCUGCGAGACUAAAUAUUUGCUAUCUGGUUCGAUUUUCGUAAGGAACAAACGAAGGUCUCCUCUUUCGGUGAUAUUCAGACGACUUCUCUGUUUGCGCAUAAUAUGAUUUCUCAUCUGUGCGUCAGCUCCCCUCCUUUCCCUCCUCAAUUCCCCUCCCCACCUUUUUUUUUUCUCCUUUUUUCUAUUUUUUAAUCUUACUUAUAGCAAUGCCCAGUAGGAAGGCUGAGCUAAGUAGCCCACUUACAGGCAGGCACACACAUACAUAAGACACAUACAUACAUACAUACGACACAUACAUACAUAAGACACACACACACGAUAUGCAUACAAACACAAAUUAUAUUUAAGUCACCCUCCUGUUUCCUACCUUUAAGGUGCAGGAGGGUGACAUUCCCUGGGGUCCAGUGGUGGAUCGGAGUUAGAGUUCCCACUCUGACUUCCUGGUCUUCCUCCCGCGCGUCUUUCCGUGUUAGCUGGGAGGAGUGACGUGUAGUCACUUCCUCCCAGCUCUGUGAUGUAAUCACAGGGGGCCCGGUCGCGCAGUUAAAGCGCCCAGUGCUGACCGGGCUCCCUCACAAUCCACUUCCAUCGGGUGGCCCUGACAGCAUGGGCCACCCGAUGGACCCCUUGCACGGGGCCGCAAUGGUGAUGGCAGUACCCGGUCGCAGGGGUACUGCCGGCUCGCACCCGCCCACCCAAUCUCUCCAAAUGAGGAAAUCCCUACCGCCCACCUCGAAUCCUGAAACGCCCAGGGCGGUAGGGACCAGGUUGAUUACCCAUGAUCUUAAGCUAUCAACCAGACAUAGCCUAUUAAAUUAUUUUCUUAAUGAUGUUACCAUAUCCCUCAGGGGAUCGGCAGUAUACUUGACUAAGAUAAUGCUAUAUCUAUAUGUGAAAGUCACUGUACUGACAAUACCGAUUGGGUCCUAAAAUAAUGAUCGGAUUGGUUUUCAGAUCUCCUGCAGUAUAGAUUAGUGUCAAGAGGAGGAAAGCCGGGCUACUGAGGACAGAGUUUAGAUACGUCUGUGCUUCCAAGGGCACCGAUCAUCAAUGAAAGCUCGGUAGAAAUGCUGGUUAGCCAUCUACUAAAUGGCUAUUUUCAUAUUAUUCCUCGGUGAGGUAAUGGUUCACAAAUCUUUGUGGAAUGUCUUUAACGGACCUUUCCUGAUCUAAUGAUAGUGGUCUUAGGAGCUGAUCUGUCCCGAACACCUUGACUACUUAGUUUCUCUCUUCUACUAAGCUAAAGCACAGAUAUAUUCUAGGUAGAAUAAAUGUAUGUAAGCUCGGAAUCCUGGCUAAAUGAACACGAAAUUCCUGCUCUAAUAAUAGUAGAUUUUAAAUAAAACUGUCUACCAGGAUCACAAAGAGCCUUUAAUGCGCACGUUUUGUCCACAGCUCAUCAAAGGGGAACCGAUGUGCGGAAACUAACCGAUUAUUUAAAAGAGGAGUGUGAAGUCUAACCGGAGGAAUUCAAAAAAGGUCAUUAUUGUCUUUGCCAAUCUGGUUUGUGGAUGGAAAGUCUCAAUUGAUUUAUUAGGUUAAUUGCUCGUAGUUGUAUUCACACAUGAGAAUUUCUGAUGUUGAUUUCAUUAACAUCAAAUGCAGCAACUUAUUUUGCAUUAUUUCUAAUAAGAUGCAUACUAGUGAAAUCUAGCAUAUUUGUUUUAAAGGGCCAUUCUAGGCACCCAGACCACUUCAGCUUAAUGAAGUGGUCUGGGUGCCAGGUCCAGUUAGGGUUAACCCAUUUUUUUUUUAUAAACAUAGCAGUUUCAGAAAAACUGCUAUGUUUAUAAAUGGGUUAAUCCAGCCCUCAAAUCCUCUAGUGGCUGUCUCACUGACAGCUGCUAGAGGCGCUUGUGUGCUUCUCACUGUGAAAAUCACAGUGAGAACACGCAAGCGUCCAUAGGAAAGCAUUCAGCCCAGGAGGAGGAGAGCUCCCCGCCCGGCGCUGGUGAAAGGUAAGAUUUAACCCCUUCCUCUCCCCAGAGCCCGGCGGGAGUGAGACCCUGAGGGUGGGGGCACUCUCAGGGCACUAUAGUGCCAGGAAAACGAGUAUGUUUUCCUGGCACUAUAGUGGUCCUUUAAGUCGUUCAAUGUGUCCAUGUUGUCUGUCAAUAUGUAUAAACUAAUUUGUUACAUUGCAUUUAUGUGUUCAUUGAUACUAUAAGAUACUAUGUAUUCCCUUUAUGUUAAGUAUUGAACUUGUCAAGUUUGUCUGUAAUGCUUAUUUCUAUUUUUUUUUCUCCAUUAUGCCAGACUUGUUGAGAUGAGUUACAAAUUGUCAGUGAUUAUGUUGAUUAAUGGUAAAGAAUCUGCAAUUUCACAGAUAAUUGGGGUUAUUGUCCCAACUUUCGAUGUUAAUAGUAGAAGGAAAUGAUCAUAUUUGCUGUAGGUGGAAAUUCCUGCAAUACAGUGGAACAGAACCAAUUAAUCUAAGUGUAAGCAAACAGACUCUGUUUUUGAGUAUCACAAUUUUUCAACAUUAGAAUUAUGCAUACUAAAAAAUUGUUUCUUACUAGAAUGUCAAUAAUUCCUUAUUUUUAUUGGAAUUCUUUGAUGCUCAAUUUUGAUUCUUUUGAUUUUCAGUCAAUGCUCAAUUUCAUACAUUUCAAGAUUUUAUACUUGGUUUGAAAUAUUAGAUAUUUUCUGAAUUAAUGCAUAUUAAUGCCAGAUGUCAUGGGGAUUCGUCUUUCUUAGUUUGAAAGAUUUACUUAACUAUAGUCACUGUGUAUACUGUGUAUUUGCUCUAUGUUUGAUGUGAGACCAUUUCAAGUACUUAUUUUCGAUUUUGUCUCCUCUAUUGGAGACUUGUUAUAGUGGGUUAAAAAUCCUAAGUGACUAUAUUUGUUUGUAAGUUUGCAGUUUUAUACAUAGUUGGAAUUAGUGUUGCGGCAUUGAUUGUUGAGGAUAGAAGAAAGGCUAACCUCAAUUACUGUAAGUGUAAGUUUCUGCAAUGUAGUGAGUCUAGAUCAAAUCAAUCUAAGUGAAAACUAACAAACUCUGUUGAAUGUUUCGGUUUCUUUUAAACCCGUUUUUAUUUGAGGAAGAUUGACUUAACUAUGGUCUCUAUAUUUUUAAGUUGUUAUAGUGUAAUGAAUGUUUAUAAGGUUUUCAAGUAUUAAUUGAGAUUGUUACCUAGCUUUAAUAUAUGCUAAGAACAGUUGUUUGAAAAAAAUAAAAGGGGGGUGGGGGGAGAAGAAGAGGAGGGGGGAAAGUGGUGAAGAGAGAAAAAAAAAUGCCCUUCAUCACUGUGUAUUCCAAGUUAUACACACUGGGAAGUUGGAAUUAAAUCAUUCGAGAGUUGCAUAAGUAUGAUAAACGUUACAAUUGAGUGAAGUUGAAGGUUAGUGAUAAUCAUUGUUCUUACUAGGUUUGUUUGUAAAAGUCAUUUGUCUUUCACUAUGGUUUCCUAAAUUGAUUAUGGAAUGCCUAAUGAGCGCAAUUAAUAUUGUGCGCAUAAAGUCCGAAACUUGAUUGAGUUUUGGGGAAUUAUACAUGCUUAAGGAUGGUUUUAUAUAAUACUAACCAUUAUCUCUUAUUAUUGUUAGAGUUCAUAGUUCCAGUGCAUUUAUAUAGAUCUCGUAUCUUUCUCCAAGGUCAUUUCAAUGCGAAACAAAGCUUAAUACUUGGUUUCAACUAGUUGGAUAUUAAUCCCAGGUUAAUGCAUAUUUAUGCCAGAUGUUAUGGAGACCCGUUUUCUUUAUGAGGAAGAUUGACUUAAAGGACCACUAUAGGCACCCAGACCACUUCAGCUCUGGGUGCCUGGUCCAGGUAGGUUUAACCCUUUUUUUUUUCUAUAAACUUUUGAGAGAAACUGCUAUGUUUAUAUUGGGGUUAAUCCAGCCUCUAGUGGCUGUCUCAUUGACAGCUGCUAGAGGCGCUUGCGUGCUUCUCACUGUGAAAAUCACAGUGAGUAGACGCCAGCGCCCAUAGGAAAGCAUUUAUAAUGCUUUCCUAUGAGACUGGCUGCCCGCGCGGCUCUUGCCGCGCAUGCGCAUUCAGAGGAGGAGGAGAGCUCCCUGCCUGGCGCUGGAGAAAGAGGUAAGUUUAACCCCUUCCAACCCAUAAAGCCCGGCGGGUGGGGCACCCUCAGGGCCCUAUAGUGCCAGGAAAACGAGUAUGUUCUAUGGUCUCUAUUUUUAGGUUGUUAUAGUGCAGUGAGUGUUGGUUUAUAAAGUUUUCAGGUAUUAAUUGAAAUUGUUACCUAGCCAUAAUAUGUGCUAAGAACAGUUGUUUGAAAAAAAGGUGGAAGAAGGGGGAGGGGGAGAGAGAAAAUGAUCAUCAACACUGUGUGUUUCAAGUUAUAAACACUGUAAAGUUGGAACUAAAUUAUUCUGGAAUUGCAUAAGUAUGAUUGUCAUAGACAUGACAAUUAAGUGAAGUUGUAGGUGGAUCAAUGUUAGUGAUAAUCGGUGUCCUACUGAGUUUGUUGUUUGUAAAAUACAUUUGUCUUUCACUAUGGUUUCCUAAGUUAAUUAUGGAAUGCCUAAUCUUAGUCUAGGCUGCCUUGAGAAAUUUUAUCAUUCUGGAAAAUAGAAAUAUUUUAACAUAAUUUAAUACUAGACUCAUUGAUGUAUGAAAGGGGUAAAAUUAAAUUCCUCGUUGAGGCCUCCAGGUGUUUGUGUCUGGAAUUCAUAAAUCAAUUUAGACUCUUUCCGUAGUAACAUCAAAUUGAAAUUACCUUUCCUAGAGUUAAAAAUAACCUGUUAUAGGGCGUGGAAGGUUAAACGGUUUGGAUUUCCAUCAUGGGAGUAGUAAAGUUGAAGUUUUUAACGCAAUUUACGUGUUGUUAAAUUUGUCUCCUUAAUUCCUGAUAUGUUUUGCCUAUAUAUUGCAGUGCACACAAGCAAGUAAAAAUGUAAACCGGUGUGGAACUGUAAUUCAUGAAAUGGUAAAUUCUGAAGUCGUUCUUAGUUCUUUCACUUUUUACUGAUUUAGAUGGUUUGACAAAGUUGCAGGCUUUGCAGUGGCCACAUCUGUAUACCCCCAUUGUUUUGGUAAGCCAACUUAGUGGCAAGGGUUUCCUUUCUAAAUGGCUAUGCAUAAGCAUGUCUCUAAGACUUCUAGACCUGCAAGCUGUAGUAUUGGGGUAUUCUAUUGUUUUUGGGUCAAUGUCUGUGUCAUAUUGUAGAAUUGGCCAGUGUUGGGAAUUUUUUAAAUUUUGAAAAAAAUUUUUUUUAUGGGUUCCCAGUGUAGGUCGAAUGUUACAAUACAUCUGGUUUGAAGGUAUAGGUCUAGUUGACCAUAAGCUUGUUCCUCUAUCUUGUGUCAGGGACCUUUUAAAUGCUCUUUUCAGGAUUCUGUUUGGAUAACCUUUAUCCUUGAAUCUGGUUCUUAGUUUAUUUGCCCCUACUAAGAAAGGCUCCUCAUUUGAGCAAUUUCUUCUGGCUCUAACAUACUUUCCGUAAGAUAUACCUGCUUUUAAUCGAUACGGAUGAAAGCUUUGCCAAUGUAAGAGACUGUUUGAUGCUGUACUUUUUCGGAAGAACUCAGUCUCUAUUGAUCCAUCCAUAUUUAAAGGACCACUCUAGGCACCUGACCACUUAAGCUUAAUGAAGUGGUCUGGGUGCCAGGUCCAGCUAGGGUUAACCCAUUUUUUCAUAAACAUAGUUUCAGAGAAACUGCUAUGUUUAUGAAUGGGUUAAGCCUUCCCCUAUUUCCUCUAGCGGCUGUCUCAUUGACAGCCGCUAGAGGCGCUUGCGUGCUUCUCAUUGUGAUUUUCCUAGGAAAGCAUUAUGAAUGCUUUCCUAUGUGACCGGCUGAAUGCGCACGCUGCGAGGAGGAUCGGAGGAGGAGAGCUCUCUGUCCAGCGCUGGAAAAAGGUAAGAUUUUACCCCUUUCCCCCUUCCAGAGCCGGGCGGGAGGGGGACCCCGAGGGUGGGGGCACUAUAGUGCCAGAAAAGAGUAUGUUUUCCUGGCACUAUAGUGGUCCUUUAAUAAAAUCCUCAGAUCUAGGAAUUCCAACUGUCUUUUGUGGAUCAUGUAGGUAAGUCGUAGUCCAGUUUGGUUGUUCUUUAGUUCUUGGAUCAUGUUAUUGAAAUCUGUAUCUGAUCCAGUCCAAAAUAAUAGGACAUCAUCAAUGUAUCUUGACCAUUUGUGGAUGAAUCGAUCGUAUUUGCUCUUUAUUUCUUUUAGUAUCGUUUCUUCCCACCAGCCUAGAUAGAGGUUUGCGUAGCUUGGGGCACAAGCUGUGCCCUGUAAUUGGAGAUAUUUGCCAUCAAAAACAAAAAAAAAUGUGAGAAUAAACUCCAAAAGUUGUAAUGAGUUCAAUUUGUUCAGAGUUAAAUUUUGUAGAUUUGUUUAAAAAGUAUGAUGUACCCCAAAACCCUUGUCAUGGGGGAUAUUUUUAAUUAAAGAUACAUCGAGACUUGCCAACAGUGUAUAUGGUGGAACAAUUAGGUUUUCCAAUAUCAAAAGUGCUUGCUUGGUGUCCGGGACAUAUGAGUCCAGAUUGAUCACAAGCAGAUGAAGCAGUUUUUCCAGGAAUUUGCUCUCUCUCUCCAUUAGUGAAUUGUUACCGGAGAUGAAUGGUCUACCGGGGGGGGGGGGUCAGUGAGACAUUUGUGGACCUUCGGUAGGCAGUAGAAGGUGGCAAUAGUAGGAUUGAUGUUUGGAAUUAUGAAUUGAUAUUCUUCAUUUUUUAUUAGGUUUUUCUCUACUGCCAUUAUUAUUGUUGUUGUUGUUGUUAUUGCCAUUUAUAUAGCACCAAGAGAUUCCGUAGCACUUUACAAUAUUAUGAGAGGUGAGAUUUAACUAUAAAUAGGACAAUUAAAAGAAAACUUUUAGGAACGAUAGGUUGGAGAGGACCCUGCUCAAACGAUCUUAUAUUCUAUAGGGCAUGAUUAGCAAUGAUCUUAAAGGGACACUCCAGGCACCCAGACCACUUCUGCCCAUUGGAGUGGUCUGGGUGCCAACUCCCACUACCCUUAACCCUGCAACUGUAAAUAUUGCAGUUUUCAUAAACUGCAAUAUUUACAUUGCAGGGUUAACUCCUCCUCUAGUGGCUGUAUACUAGACAGCCACUUGAGGGCACUUCCUGGUUUAUAGCACAUAUUUUCUGUGCUAUAGCGUCGCUGGAUGUCCUCACGCUAUGUGAUGACCUCCAGCGUCACUGAAAUCCCCAUAGGAAAGCAUUGAAAGCAUUUUUUGAAUGCUUUCCUAUGGGGAAACAGUGUUUUCCUGGCACUGGAGUGUCCCUUUAACUCAGACAGGAACAGUUUAAUAGGCUCCCGAAGUAGUCUUUUGAAUUGGGUUUCGUCUUCCAGAUGUUUCAUGCACAUUUUUACAUAUUUUUCUUGGUCCAUGAUGACUACAUUUCCUCCUUUGUUUGAGGGUUUAAUCACUAGGUCUUUAUUUUUGCUUAAGUCCAUUACUGCUUUUCUUUCUCCCUUUGAUAGAUUGUCCUUAGGAUUAUCAAAUGGUGGAAGUGAUUCUAUGGAUUUGAUGGUCAUCUGUACGAAGAGAUCUACACUAGAUAUGUCUUAAAAAUGUGGAGUUUACCAACUUUCAGGUUUACAAUCAGUUAAAGGAACACUAUAGUCACCUAAAUAACUUUAGCUAAAUAAAGCAGUUUUAGUGUAUAGAUCAUUCCCCCUGCAAUUUCACUGCUCAAUUCACUGCCGUUUAGGAGUUAAAUCACUUUGUUUCUGUUUAUGCACCCCUAGCCGCACCUCCCCUGGCUAUGAUUGACAGCGCCUGCAUGAAAAAAAAAAACUUUCACUUUCAAACAGAUGUAAUUUACCUUAAAUAAUUGUAUCUCAAUCUCUAAAUUGAACUUUAAUCACAUACAGGAGGCUCUUGCAGGGUCUAGCAAGCUAUUAACAUAGCAGGGGAUAAGAAAAUCUUAAUUAAACAGAACUUGCAAUAAAGAAAGCCUAAAUAGGGCUCUGUUUACAGGAAGUGUUUAUGGAAGGCUGUGCAAGUCACAUGCAGGGAGGUGUGACUAGGGUUCAUAAACAAAGGGAUUUAACUCCUAAAUGGCAGAGGAUUGAGCAGAGAGGCUGCAGGGGCUAGUUCUAUACAUUAAAACUGCUUCAUUAAGCUAAAGUUGUUCAGGUGACUAUAGUGUCCCUUUAAGGGUUGGUCUGUGUCUUGUUCAUUUAGAAGUGACAGCAUAGUUUGUAGGUGUUGGUGGUCUUCGUACGUCAGACCUAGUUCCUUCGCUAGUUUGUCUUUCUUUUUAUGUAUUGCACUUAGGGCUAAUUUUUGUCCAAACAAAUUUGUGUCUUUAACCCAAUUGAAUGUGUCUGUUUUGGGAGAGAGAAUGAACGAUAGAUCUUUGCUUAAUAGGGAGAUAUGUUUAUUUUUAAGGCAAAAAGUUGAAAGGUUUAUUAUUAAAUUAUCUUCUGUGUUAUUGUUAGCCCUUAGUUUUUGUACCCUUCUUUGUUUGUUUUGUACCCCCAUCUCUUCCUGUCCAUGAGUUUUCCUCCUUGAGGGAGAGGCCAUUCCUGUUCUAAAAAAGAUGGUACAGAUGAGUAGGAUGUAGAUUGGGUUUGUGAAUUAUUGGUAGUAGUGAUGGUUGAACUCAAGUAUUGUGUAUCAGGAAAUGAUACCUUUUUUCCCUGUGGUUUUCAAUAUGCCUUUUCUUCCAUGUCUUGUGUAGUUGGUAGUUUUGAAAGUUUCCCUGCCACGUCUUUGAAAAGAGGGGCAGGGAUUUGGGCCCAAAAUAGGCACUGUCCUUUGUAAAUAAUGACGCUUGGGAGUUAAGCACCCAGAUGCUGCCAACGAAGCAAGCGUGACGUUUCAUAGAGGAGGUAUGUCCUGAUUGAGUAUGUGUCUCCAAGCAGGACAAAUUAAAUAAGUGCGCGUGUGCAGACCAUGUGAUGACAUACAGGAAAGAAAAAAGGGUAAUAGGCGCUCACUAUAGAAAUUAGUGAAUAAGCAGCAGUAUACAAAACAAGAAUUCACAAAACCUUGUGAAUAGAUAAAAAAAAGGGGGGGGAGGGAACGUAAACCGCGCUGUUAUAAGUAUAAAUAGUACAUACAUAUAAUUGUAGAUGAUUCCAAUGAGUCAGAAACCUUGGAAUAAAAUAGAAAAAAUUAUCGUGCAAUACAGUAAAAAUAUAUAACAUGAAGUGGUGAUUAUAACUUUAACUCAAUCCACUCACAUUUGUAUGAACUAUAACAGAGCUCAGCUGUGAUGCGCUUGGACGGUACGAUCCCCGUCUCAGGAUAUGUUGUUCUUGUUGGUCCAAAUAUUUCAAAGUGCAGUAUGCGUAGUAAAGAGAAAUAGCAGCCAAUAGUGAAGUAAGUACUAAUGAUGGAGCUUAUAAUAAAUAGUAAUGUACAAUUUUUUGCGCAUAAAACUUGCUCUAGUAUAGACAGCUUAGGUGGUAUAAUCCCCACCAAGGAUAUACAGAAUCCAGGAAGAAAAAAAAUGAAUAUAAAAGUAUCUAUUAAAAAGUAUACUUUAAUAUAAACAAAACAUAGUAUAAAACAUAAAAAUUAUAUAAAAAUGUAAAGGAGAGUCCCACUUAAUGCGUUUCACCUGGUAGGCUUCUUCAGAAGUGUGAUGACAUAGUAGAAUUGGAUUGUAGGUGAGCUGAAUUAUGACCUUACCACAAAUAAAAAAAAAAAUAAAAAAAUAAAAAAAGCAUCACGUGAAAAAAAGUUCAAUACCAGUUAUAGAUAAUUUUGAAAGUUCAGUGGUUUUACUUUCUAGAGAAGUAGUAAUUUUCUAUCUGUCUGGUCAGACUAUUGUUCUCUUAAUAUAUAUAUAUAUAUAUAUAUAUAUAUAUAUAUAUAUAUAUAUAAUGUUAUUUAAAAUUUCUGCCCUUUUCUGGUCUUGAUUAAAUAACAUGCACAUCUUUGUUUUCCGUGUACCUACACUUUUUUAUUUUUUAUUUUAUGUAUUUAAAUGUUUUAGGUUGGUUUUGCUCUUUGGCUAUCAUUUUCUAGUUUAGCCAUUCUUAUUGCCUUUUUGCAUGCAUUGUAUUCUAUAUAUGUCUUAUAGGAUUCCUCUGAUUUUUUAUUUUUAUUUUUUUUAAUGCCCUUUUUACAUUUUUAAUAUCUUGGUUUACUUUACCACUAAGCCUCAUUGAUUUUAAUUUGUUUCUUUUAUAUUUAUUACCCAAUGGUAAAUACUGAGACAAGCACCUUUCUAAUAUUUGUUUAAAGAUAUUCCAUUUAUUCUUAGUGUCUUUUUUUUUCUUUUCACUAAAGAGUUCAUUCCAGCUUAUAGGUUGUAAAGCUGACCAUAUCUUAUUGAAAUAGUUUUUUUACAUGUACUUUUGCUUUAAGUUGAUUUCAAAAGGUCAUAUUGUGAUCACUAUUUCACAAGUGCUCCCCUACUUGAAUGUUGGUCAAAAUAUAAACAUUGUUUGUUACAACCACAUUCAGACAAGUGUCCUUUCUAGUUGUUGGGACAUGCAGGUGUCAUUUAACACAUUCAAAACCCUAAUUCCCGUUGCUCAACUGCUAGUCCCUGUACCCAGUUUAUUUCCAGGUAAUUAAAAUCUCCAAUAAUUAAUGCUAUCCCCAUUUGCUAUAACAACUGUUAUUCCUUACCAAUAUUAACAUUAGGUGGUUUCUAAUUUAUCUCAACCAAUAAUUGAUUUCCCUUUUUUGCCCCAAGCAGUUAUCUACCCAUAAACUUCCAUGUUUUCCGCAACAAAAAGUUGACUUCAUUUCAUGGUUGACAUAUAAACAUACCCCACCACCUUUCCUGUUUUUUUUAAUAUCCUUCCUAAAUAAGUUAACUGCCCAGUCCUGUGUCUCACCUCACCAUGCUACUGUUAUACCUAUUAAGCCACAUUGCUCAGUAUAUGCUACUGCCUCUAGUUCUGCCAUUUUGUUAUUUAUUUGUAUUUGUAAGCAUAUAUUUAAUUUUAUUAUAAGUCACUUUUAUUGUGACUUCUUAUUACUAUUACAUACCUCCUCUGUUCUGAUCUUUCCCCUUCUGUAUCUCAACCCCUUGUGCUGAGCUAAAGCCCAUUUCCUGUUUGUCCUAUCUCUAUUUUGUAGAUUUGUGUCAAGAUAGUGUUCUUUUAAUAAAACCGAGGUUCACCUAUUUUCAGGACUUAGCUCCUUAAGUAUUCGUGGAUGAAUACCGUCAGGCCCUGGGACUUUGUUUAUACUAACUUUCUUUAGUUGCUGCAUCACCUUGUCUUGAGUCACCCAGUCACAAUUUGUCUGCAAGCAUUUUUCAGCAAUAAUUUGCAUAUCUCUUCCCAUAGGAUCUUUCCUAAUAUAUUCUGAGGAAAAAUAGUUAUUUAAAAUGUUUGCCUUUUCCUGGUCUUCAUUAACUAACGCACAUAUGUUUUUCAGUGUACCUACACUUUCAAAAUGAGUCAGAUUGUAUCCCUUUUACAGCUUGUAUAAGUAGUCACAGAGUUUUACUCGCUGUAUAGUCUCCAUUUACUCCUGCUGUUCAUAUUAUAUUUUUUUUUCUUUUUCUUUUUUUUAUAUAUUUUUAUUUUAGAUUUAUUUAUUAAAAGUUACUUUUCAAUCUACAAUCUUCUCAGUAAAUCAUACACAGGUAGAAUGGCAUUUGUUUCUUUUUUUGUUUAUUCUCUAUCAGAUUGUAUCCCUAAAUAGGGAAUUAGUCAAUUCAUUGCUGAUUAGCACACUUAUUGGGAUUUUCCUAAACUGAUUGCCAGAUAUUUCUAGAUAAAGAUAAAUAAUUUAGUUAAAUUAAACAAAAACAAAAAAGUUUAUUGGUUAUCGUAGCAAUAAUGUUAAAUAUUAAUAAAUCCCCCUAAUCAAGGUUGGAUUAAUGCCUAAGUGGUGAUGGUGUAUUAAAUAUAAUUGGAGAUACUCUAAGCAGCAACCGUUCAAGAGAUCAUUGAAUGUAGGUAAUUCACUGCUUGGUAGAACAACCUUUACAUAUCACAUAAAUAUGGACAUACAUAGUUAUCCAAAGGAUCAGUGGGUACCUAUGAGAACAUAAGUGAGUACAAUAGACUUUAUGUUAAAGCUCAAUAAGAUGAAAUACUAUAUGUACUGCCGAUCUUAAACCCACUCUAGAAGUUCUGUAGGUAAAGUAAUUACUGGAACUUGUUGUAUAGCUCAGUUAAAACCUGGCAGGGUCACUCUAUGGAUGUCCUACUAGUCUGCUUAAAAUACACAGAAAAUAAACUGCUAUCUGGUAUGUGAUUCCAUAACCAGAUGUUUUCUAUAUACAAAUAUUUAUAAAGAACGGUUUAGGAGAUUGACCGUAAUGUUAUCAUAUAACUAUGAACAAAAGGGUAUCACUGAAACCAUUGAUACAUUCAAAUCAAUCUGUUAACCAAAAAAAUACAUAGAGUGAAUUACAGUACGCAAUGCCGAUCAGCAGUGAAACACCAGAGUUAACAAGUGAAAAGAAUACUUUGUAUCCAUUCCAUUUUUUGUUAAGGCUUAGGUGUUACUCCCAUCAAUUUGUGUUCCCUUCUAUAAUUGGCUUGUUCCUUCUUUCAUUUUUACCUACACUUUGAUUUUUAUUAAAUUUUUUAGAACUUGUUUACCAAAAAUAAUUUUUUUUGUGCUGGAUUUACUUUCUUUCGCUAUUACUUUCUAAUUUUCUAGUUUAGUUCAUUUAUUCUCCUUGGCAUGCUUUAUUGGCCUCCUUAUAUGUUUUAUAGAAUGCCUCUGAUUAGAUUGAAAAACCCCUUUUCUUAUUUGUAAUUUAUUGGUUUACCUUCCCGCUAAGCCAGAUUUGUUUCAAUUUCCUUAUUUGAUAUUAUCAGUACAUAAUGAGAAAAGUGUACCUUUCUGUUAAUUGUUUGAAAGAGAUCCUAUUUAUCCUCAGUGUUUUUUUUUGUUUGUUUUGUUUUUUGUUUACUAAAGCGUAUAUGCCAGUCAGUUGAUAGAUGAAGUCACUAGGCUCCACAUUAUCAUUGUACAUACAUAAGUGUAAAAUGGGGAAGAGAAUAUCAUGCAAGUUAACAGGAUCUUCCACAGGUCUUCUCAUGCUUGUAUAAUGAGAUAUAGGUUUCUAUUGCCCAUAGUGCAAGAAGAUGCAAGUUCCAAUCCUCUGUCUCGAGUGAAGGUUGAUGAGAAUUGGCAAGACUCGACCAGCAUAAGAUGAUUUAAAGUGUCACUUUCUGACCUAGUUUGAAUGUUUUGUGCAUAAGGCACAAUAUUCCUUACUUAGUCUUUUAAUAUCUUUUGACAAUUGGAGUUUCAGUGAUUUUGCAGAACAUUUAUAUAUGUAUUGAAAAACUAAUAAUUAGCCAUUUCCCAUUAAACUAAUGCAUUUAUUUAUUUUAAUGGAAAAUAAAUCUAAUAAAUGACUCUAUAGGCAUCCAGACCACUUUGUUUCAAUGAGGUUAUCUGGGUGCCAUGUCCACCCGUUUUAACCCUACAGCUGAAAACAUUACAUGUAUAAUGUGUUUUCAUUGCAGCAUUUGAAUGCCUCUAGUGACUGUCACCCAGACAGCCACUAGAAGUGCCUCCACUGAAAAAGUAGAGUAGAACUCAGCUGUUUCUAGCAGAUGGUCUUAAAGAGACAGUCUGGUGCAGUGCAACCUUUUGCCAUACAUGUCCACUAGCCUCCCAGUGCUUCCCUAUGGGAAAGCAUUUUCUUGAUUGAGAUCAUUGAUCUCAAUAUUAUCAGCCAAGGAAGGGCGCCAGCAGCGGGGACCUGUACUGCGAGAGAGAAAAGGUAAGUAAAGUUACCUUUAAUACUCCCUGCAGCAUUGUAUUCCUUUAGCAUUAGUAAUCCAAAUAUUAUUGCAAUUACUCGUAUGUGCUCAUACGAAAAUAAAUUAUCAUUGACUUUAUUUAAUACAGAUAUAAAAAAAAGAGCAUGUGCUUUAAGUUUAUACAUGCUUUAGUCUUUCUGAUCUCUACUGCACUUUACAGUCUGUACUGCAGCUAAAUAACCACAGGUUAUACAGGUCUAGUAGUCUGUUCGUAGGACAUGCAAUAAAUAGAACAAGUAAAAUUCCCUUGAAAUAAUUUGAGAAUUGUUUUAAUUAAUUUUUAUAUGCUUAUAUGUAUUACAUUUUUAGAAAACAAUGCAUUCGUUCUCUUUACACUUCUAAAUACCUUUUUAAAAGUUUACAUGUGUCCGCUUUAAAUACCUGUAAGAUUCCUUUGGUUUUAUUAGAUUGCUUUAACUAUUUUCACUUUUGAUUUCUUUUUAGGUUGAACGAAUUGUUGACAAAAGGAAAAAUAAAAAAGGAAAAGUAGAAUACUUGGUACACUGGAAAGGAUAUGACAGUGGUGAUGAUACUUGGGAACCAGAGCAGCAUUUGGUUAACUGUGAGGAAUAUAUCCAUGAAUUCAACCGAAGACACAAUGAAAAGCCAAAAGACAACAGUACAAUCACAAGAGCAAACAGGACAUCUCCAAAUAAUGCCAGAAAACAAAUUUCUAGGUCAACCUAUAGUUCAUUUUCAAAGACUUCUCCAAAGUCAUUGACAUUUGGUAAAGACAAUGACUCAAAAAAUAACCAACUUCUUAGUAUUAGUCCAAAAUUACGCAAGAGUCCUUCUCAAGCUAUUCCAGUAAGAAAAAACAUGGACCUUUCUAGAUCUGGUAUUAAAAUACUUGUGCCUAAAAGUCCAAUUAAAAGUAGGAUCUCUGAUGGCUUUCAAAAUGACAGUACAGAAAAAUUAAAUCAUCUUGAACAAGAACAAGACUCUGUAGCGCCUGAGGUAACAGCUGAGAAACCAGUAGGUGCUUUACUAGGACCUGGUGCUGAAAGAGCUCGAAUGGGAAGCAGGCCAAGACCACAGUCAUUAGUACCACAAAUUCAUAUGCCACUGACCGUGACUGCAUCAUCCGCUUUAGCGAUAAACGGGAAAGGUAAGAGAUUGUCACAUCGUAUUUAUUAUGCUUUGUCAGAUUCCCCUUUUUUGUCUAAUUUUGCAAUCCCUUCAUUCACGAGAUUACCUCUGUAAAGUUUCAAAGUGAGAUGCGACAAUUAUUUAAAAAAAAAAAAAGAGAAAAUUUAAAGUCCUUUGAUUUCUUGUGUUUCUAAUUGUUUUGAUUGGAGAUGAAUAAAGCAGUAAGGUUAUUCACUUGUUAUAAUAUAAAUAAAAUGGGCAGGUCAAUUAAGUAAGCAAAGUAAAUAUUUAUAAUAUCAAAUCUUAACCCCUUAAGGACCGAGGACGGUUCAGGACCGUCAUCGGCAUUUUUGCGUUGCCGACCGAUGACGGUCCUGAACCGUCCUAACGGUCAGAGCUACUUACCUGAUCGCCGUCGUUCCCCCGGCGGCGAUCAGCGUGGCUCCGGUUGUGGGGAGACUGCCUGCAGCCCAGACAGUCUCCCCGCGGCAGAUUAGGACCCCUGUGGCCAUGUGAUCGCUUAACACAGCGAUCACAUGGUCACAAUAGGUGUCCAUGUGUCUGCCUGCAGGGGGACUGCCUGUGCUGACAGGCAGUCUCCCUGCUAGUGUAAAAUCAAUUAAAAAAAUAAAGUUAGUGUUAAUAAAAAAAAAUAAAAAUAAUUAUAUAUGUGUAUAUAUGAUAUAUAGACAUAUAUUAUACCUAUAUAAUAUAUGUCUAUAUAUCAUAUAUAUAAUGUCAUACUAAGUGUAUUUUUAUAUUAAUAUGUACUUAUAUUAAUAUAAAAAUACACUUAUAAUUAAAUUACACACGUAUAUAUAUAAUAUAUAUAAUAACUAUAUAUAUUGUAUAUAUAUAUUAUUAUAAAAUAUAAAUAAUAAGUAAUUUAAAUUAAAUAAUUUUUUUUUAAAUAAUAAUAAAAAAUUUUAAAAAAAUUAUAUAGCUAUAUGAAAUUUUAUUCUAACUGUAUUUUAAAAUUAAUAUAUAUAUAUUUAUAUCAAAAUACACUUAGAAUGAAUUUGUAUAUAUAUCUAUGUAUAUAAAAAUAAAUAAAAAUAAGAAAUAUACAUACGUCCAUAUACAAAAUUACAUAAAUAAUUAUAUAAAUAUACACGUAGACUUCAAAUAUAUAAAUAUGCAUAUAUAUUUAAAUUCUACGUGCGUAUUUAUGUAAUAUUUUUACAUAAUUCAGUAAUUUUAUUGAUUGCAAUUUGAGGGACCUGCCUGCCAACCCAGGCCGAAAUUCCAGAGAAUUUAAUUUGCUAGCACUGUAUUUUACCCUGUAACGUUCUACGACACCCUAAAACCUGUACAUGGGGGGUACUGUUUUACUCGGGAGACUUCGCUGAACACAAAUAUUAGUGAUUCAAAACAGUAAAACAUAUCACAGCGAUGAUAUUGUCAGUGAAAGUGACUUUUUUUGCAUUUUUCACACACAAACAGCACUUUUACUGAUGAUAUAAUUGUUGUGAUACGUUUUCCAGUUUUUAAACACUAAUAUUUGUGUUCAGCGAUGUCUCCCGAGUAAAACAGUACCCCCCAUGUACAGGUUUUAUAGCAUUUUUGAAAGUUACAAGGUCAAAUAUAUGGGUCAAAUAUUUUUACAUUGAAAAUGGCCAGGUUGGUUACGUUGCCUUUGAGAGCGUAUGGUAGCCCAGGAAUGAGAAUUACCCCCAUGAUGGCAUACCAUUUGCAAAAGAAGACAACCCAAGGUAUUGCAAAUGGGGUAUGUCCAGUCUUUUUUAGUAACCACUUGGUCACAAACACUGGCCAAAAUUAGCGUUCAAUUUAGUUUUUUUACUUUUUUCACACACAAACAAAUAUGAAUGCUUACUUUGGCCAGUGUUUUCGACUAAGUGGCUACUAAAAAAGACUGGACAUACCCCAUAUUGAAUACCCUGGGUUGUCUACUUUAAAAAAAAUAUGUACAUGUGGGUGUUAUUCAGAGAUUUAUGACAGAUAAUAGUGUUACAAUGUCACUAUUGAUAAAUUUUAAAAUGUAUGUUUUGAAACCGCAAUAUCCUACUUGUACCUAUAGCCCUAUAACAUGCAAAAAAAAGCAAAAAAGCACGUAAACACUAGGUAUUUUUAAACUCAGGACACAAUUUUGAAUCUAUUUAGCAGUUUUUUUCAUUCGCUUUUGUAGAUGAGUAAAAGAUUUUUCAAGUAAAAGUCAAAAAACAUGUAUUUUUUUCAAUUUUUCAUCAGAUUUUUGUAUUUUUUUUAAAUUAAAAUACAUGAGAUUAUAUAAAUAAUGGUAUGUAAAGAAAGCCCAUUUUGUCCUGAAAAAAACAAUAUAUAAUUUGUAUGGGAACAGUAAAUAAGAAAGCGGAAAAUUACAGCCAAACACAAACACCACAAAAGUGUAAAAAUAUGCCUGGUCGCAAAUGUACAACAUCGCAAAAACAGUCCAGUCCUUAAGGGGUUAAUAUUGUUUGUCUUUUUAUACUUGCAAUGAUAUUAAAACUUUCUCCAGAGUAUAAUACUCCAAAUCUUGAGUCCGUCUUAGAGAUCUAAAAUGCAAUUAUGCACUAGCAGGUCUUAAUAUUUUUCCUGCGCACGACAAAAAGGCAGAACUACCUUAUGUCAAUCCUCUGUGUAUGGCAGGCGUUCCAGCAGUCCCGAUUUCAGCCUGACAGUCAUGAUUCUGGAUCCUGUCCUGCUUCAGUUCCCUGGUGUCCCGUAACAAAGGAUACCAGGAAGUUGUCUCCUGGCAGCACAGUUCUCAUGCGUCAUUAGAUUUCCUUGCAUUGUGCAGUGGGUCCUAGAACCAUGCAGGAAGCACUUCAACAGUGCUCCCUGCAUGGUCCUCACAGGUGGUUGCCAGCCAGAUAACAUGUCAAUGGGCAGACCUGCCUCUUGCUGAUGAGCAUCACCGGUGUCGCAGGUGACAUCACUUAUAAUGGCCCUGCCCACUGUGUCCAGAUUCCAUUCCCCCCCUAUUGUUGGGAGUUAAGUCUGUAGAGGAUCCUGCAGUGGCCAUGAGUGAUAAGUUCUGGUAAUAUCACUUGCCUUCCCCUGCACCCCUUGGAAACUCUACAUCCAGCGACAGUCACCGGCAAGGGACAAAGUUUACGUAUAUGUUGGCAUUUAUAGUUCCCUGAAUGAACUGUAGCUCCACAGUGCCGGCAUCACUCAUGCAGGCAGACCAUGAAACUUGCUUGACUGUAGGUAAGACACUUGUCUUUGUACUCCUCACUGGCAGAAUUAAAAGUUAAUCCAGCACGCAGAACUGUGUCACACCUAGGACUUAGUAUAACGUGUAACGGCACCCCGGGCAUAAAAGGGGUUAAACGCCGUUUAGGAGAUAUUCCCUUCCAGAUAUACAGGCAGCUACUGUAGACACCAAUCCACCAAACUGGAGAAGCAUAUGAAUGCUCUCAAACAUACGAAUACUAUAAACAGCCGAAUAGGAAAAAAACAUACGAAAGGUUUACACUCCUAGCAGUUGAACUGGAAUAGCAUACAAUAAAUCCCCCCCCAAGAACGAGAUGAAUCUCCGUGUUGAGGGUCAAACAGUGAUCAGACAGAGCUGUGGGUUUAUUGUUGUUAUAUACACAUUAUCACACAUUAGUACCACCCACAGGGUUUUGGAAAACAGCCAAUAAACACGUACAAUACACUCAGACACUCCCACACAAAAUCCUCCCCUCUGCCUUUGAUACAAUUACCUUACACAAUGGGUUAAUGUAAUUAUCACAGGCAGAGAAAUACAGUUUUUCCACAUUAUUCAUAACUUUAAAAGUAUACAUCACAUAAAGCUUACAUUUUCAGAAUCCACAUACUCCAAAUACAAACAUAUAUGUCAAAAUCAUCCAAAUUGGUCCAAUGGUUCAACAGAUAGAUCAAAGUCCUUUGUGACCAAAUGAAGCAUGGCUUUUCUGCCCAAAAUCAGUUCCACAGAGUCUUCUAUCCUGGAGAUAAUUGUGAAGUAAUCAAAUUAUCUCCAAGAGCAGAGGCAAAACUCCAUUGAACACAUGGUAGCAAAAGACAAUAAAAUACAUAAAAAUACACAAGGUUACAUUUGUUACAUAAAAUACAGACAUGCAACAUAUCCCCAAAUAGCUUGGGUCUAAGCACACAAUAUUACUGAAUGGCGCUCAGACUACACAUAUACAGUUCAAUUGCCAUGGAGCCAAAGUCUUUUAUUACACGAAUAGGCUCCAUGGCAUAGCUAUCUGGGUUAAAUUAGUUCAUUCAGUAAAUCCGAGAAUCUACUGAGCGCCGGGGCAGAAAUACAUGAAUAGACCUUUCUGCAUAGGAAAAUAAAGUAUUUAAAUGCCGGUCCAUAGUCAAAAGGCAGCAGGCAGGCAACCAGGCUCCUCAAAUGCACAGUGGCGAGAUUGGUCUCGUCACAUAACGUAUAACCGGACCUUCGAAUGGCCGGACUUAACGUAUCCAAGAAUUGUCAAAAUACUUGCCGAGGUCAGGAACACCGAAUCAGACACAACGGUGGGGGAAAGCUUAAAGUCAAGGGUACCAGAAUUCAGGGAAGUCAAAACGAAGCCAAAGUCACAUACCAGAAAAUCAAGAUCAGGAACACACUCUCGGAUUACCAUCAAGAUGAAACCACAACAGGCCAAUGAGCAAGAGGAGAAUUGGGUUUAAAUACCCCUCCUGUGGAUCCGAUUUGGCUGUAACAAGCCUUUGACCCCAAAAGCAAGUACCAGGUUUCCAUGUGCAUAAUUGCUGCUCGGCACAACUUUUCCUGUCAGGACGGUAAUGUUGCUCGGCACACCCUUUCCUGUCAGGACAGUAAAUGCCAUUAACCACAUUUUUAUGUUCGGAUGGAUACGUGAUAUUACCCCCUACCUGAAGACCGCCCACCGGGCGGGCAGGACCAGGUUUGAGAGGAAACUUGGCAUGAAAAGAACAAAUUUUAUAAGCAUGGAUAUCAGAAGCUGAAACCCAAGAACAGUCAGCAGGCCCCAUACCCCCUCCAAUCAACCAAAUACUAUAAGGAACCCUGAGAAAACUUGGAAUCCAUGAUGGAGGAGACUUCGUACUCCUCCUGUCUAGAAACAAGCAAAGGAGGAUGGGGAACAACCCGACUUGUGUACCGAUUGCAAACAAGCGGUUUGAGCAAGGACACAUGAAAAGUAUUGGGUAUACAUAAGGACGCUGGAAGGGCCAGAGAAUAAGAAACAGGGUUGAUCCUCCUAACCACACGAAAAGGACCAAGGAACCUUGGCGCAAACUUAAUGCUGGGAACCUUCAACCUGAUGUUGUGUGAGGAUAACCAAACCCGAUCACCCACCUGGUAAACUGGAUUGGCACUCCGCCGUUUAUACGCAUGAAACGUAAUGCAAGCAGCUGCAGUUUCAAGAGCGUAGUGAACCUUAGUCCAGGUAUAACAAAUAGAGGUAAGGUGAUCGUCCAGAGUAGGAAUAGCCAUAUCAGAAAACACAGCAGGGAGAACAGCAGGAUGACGACCUGUAUUGACAAAAAACAGACUAUGCCCAGAUGGGUCAUGGGUAGCGUUAUUCCUUGCAAAUUUGGCCGAGGGCAAUAAUUCAGCCCAGUUAGACUGUGUACUAUUAACGAAGCAACGUAAAUACAGCUCAAGUGAUUGGUUAGCUCUUUCAGCCGUACCAUUAGUUGGGGAUGGUAAGCAGAGGAAAAUGACCAUUGAAUGCCCUCCAGAACCGUGAAAUUGGGAACCCCUAUCAGACACAAUAUUUUGAGGAAAACCAUGUAGCCUGACAAUAUCGCGUAUAAAUAUGUGCACCAGGUCCUGAGACGAUGGCAAUUUUUAAAGUGGAGUAAAGUGUGUCAUUUUGGAAAAACUGUCAACUUCCAUGAGGAUGGUUGUAUACCCAUUGGAACUAGGCAGUUCAACAAUGAAAUCCAUCGAUAAAUGAGACCAUGGGAUACUAGGUAUUGUAAGUGCCUGUAACAAUCCACACGGAAGUUUAUGAGGAUCCUUUGAAACUGCACAGACAGAGCAGGCUUCUACAUAAUCUUUAAUAUCCCUCCUGAGUGACUCCCACCAAAAUGACCUGGAAAUGGCGAAUACAGUUUUAUUAAUACCCGGUCACAUUGUCAUGGAAUACCUUCAGCACCCCUUUCCUGUCAGGCAAUGGAAUAAACAAUUUAUCUUGAGGUUUGUUGCAAGGUGCCUGGGGCUGAUACUCCAUGAUAGCACAGAGUAAAGUGGACGAUAAAGAAAGGACAGUGGAUGCAAUAAUACACUCAGGAGAAAUAGUGGGAGAUGUCUCUUGUUCUAGAUCCCAUUCAAUUUCAAAUUGCCUAGACAAGGCGUCAGCUUUAACGUUCUUAGAACCGGGUGUGUAGGUGAUGAUGAAGUUAAAGCGAGGCAAAAAUAAUGACCAUCCAGCUUAUCUAGAAGACAGUCGUUUGGCAUCCCCAAUAUAUGCCAGGUUCUUGUGAUCCAUAAUCAUCAUAAUGGGAUCCUUGGAACCCUCCAAAAGAUGUCGCUAUUCCUUAAGCGCUAGUAUGAUGGCUAACAGUUCUCUAUUACCAAUGUCAUAGUUACACUCGACAGUGUAGCGUUACUUACCUUAACCGGGGGCCGGUCGCGGUCCUCUCUUCAAGCCGCGCGCGGUCCUGCGGCUGCACGAGCCGCGCGCGGCUCAUCCAACUACUUCGGAUGGAGGGCGGGCAGUGACCGCGUGAGGCGGUCACGUGUCCCGCCUGAAUCUAAGAGCGCGCCGCGAGUCUCGGGCGCGCUCUUAAAGGGACAGUGGGUGCCUAAAUUGGAAAAGGCAUCCCAUUGGUCCCUGUCAUGCCACACUCCCCAUACACUUACCUUUUGGGGGCGUGGAUAUGACAGGGACCAAUCAAAUUAGAUGUUUAGGUAUUUAUACUCACCUUCUUCCCUUUGUUCCUUGCCCUAUCGUGGUUUCUGUUUCAGUUCCCUUUAGCGCUUGUGGUGUUCAGUUGUGUUUUCUCGUAUUGACUUUGGCUUCGUAUUCUGACUUCGUUUUCGCUUUAUCCUUAUCUGUACUGUUUGCCGGCUUGCUGUUUUCCGUGUACCAGACCCCGGCUUGUCCUAGUUUACGCUGUCUCUCUGUGCCCUUGACCUCGGUUUGUUCCUGGCUCUGUCUUCUCUCAUAUACGUCAAGUCCGGCCAUUCUAAGGUCCGGUAGACGUAUCUCUCCUCUGUAUUUGCCUCUGUUUAGCUGGAUCCUGCGUGUAGGGGUAUAUUCUCGUUACAUUACGAUAGGGCCAUGGACCCCGCAGAUUUAGCUCAACAGAUGGCGUCCCAUGAGGCAAGAUUUGUAGAGCAGGAUCACCGUAUGGAUCAAAUAGCUCAGGCUCUCCAGACGCUCCUAGCUAGAACCGUUCCCGCAACUACACCUAACCCUCCUACGCCCCUUCUCCCUGAAGUAUCUACUUUGCCUAAUACUUCGGCCCAUUUAACACCUCCUCCUAGGUAUGGAGGGGACUCUAAGACUUGCAGAGGGUUUAUUAAUCAGAUUGAAUUUCACUUUGAAAUGUAUCCACGUUCAUUUCCCACAGAGAGGUCUAAGGUUGGGUUCUUUAUGCACCAACUUACCGAUAAGGCACUUGAGUGGGCAAAUCCUAUUUGGGAAGCUAAUGGGCCUAUGGUACAUGAUUUCAACAGUUUUCUUACGGCUUUUCGUAGAACUUUUGACACAAUGAAAAGGUCAAAGAAUGCCGCAAGAGCAUUAAUGAGAAUUAAACAGGGUUCUAGGUCUGUGGCUGAUUAUGCUAUUCAGUUUCGCACUCUUGCUUCGCAGGUAGAUUGGACCAACAAUGGGUUAACUACUGCCUUUAUGGAAGGUUUGUCAGAUACGAUAUUGGAUGAGGUAGCAGCUAAGGAGCUUCCUAUUGCCUUAGAGGACCUUAUCGAUUACCUCAUCGAUAUUGAUAAUAGAAUUCGUGACAGGCUCUAUACCAAGAACAGGAAUAGACGUUUUGUUACACCCAUUAACCCCAGAGUUAAUAUACCAGAGAGUGUUAAAGUGUCUGAGGAGGAACCUAUGCAAUUAGGGGUUGCCAAACUCUCUGACACUGAGAAAUUACAUAGGAGAAGGGAGGGACUCUGCCUAUACUGUGGUAGGAGAGACCAUAUGGUAAAGGAAUGUCCUUUACUCCCGGAAAACUCUCGCACCUAAGACCUUAUAGGGGACUGGCCUUGGGUGUGAUAUCUAAGUCUCCUAAAUUGCCUCCUAACCGCUUGCUUCUCCCGGUUUCUUUAUAUAUGGGAGAGAUUUGUAUAGUUGACAACAUAUAUGCUCUGGUUGACUCUGGGGCAGCUGAAAAUUUUAUAGACUCUGGCUUUAUAAAGAGAAACAACAUUCCCAUCAGAGAGAAGGAGAUACCCUUGGCCGUUGAGGCCAUAGAUGGUAGACCAUUAAGUUCUCCAGUUGUUACUCAUGAGACUGAACCACUACACAUGUACACAGGGGUUUUACACUACGAAACCAUUCGAUUCCAGGUUAUCACCUCUCCCUCUUCACAGUUAGUAUUAGGGUAUCCAUGGUUACGUGCUCACAAUCCCAUUUUUGACUGGGAGACAGGGCAAAUAAAAUCAUGGAGUAAGGCCUGCCACGAGUCUUGUACGUUGGAAGUCACACCUUUGAAUUCUAUUGAGGUACCUACCAGUCCUCCUUUGUCUAUGGUUAUACCCCCUCAGUAUUUAUCUCUAAAGACUGUUUUCGAUAAAAGGGAGGCUGAGAAAUUACCGCCUCACAGACCCUAUGAUUGCGCUAUUGACUUGUUGCCUGGCACUAUACCUCCAAAGGGCAGGGUGUACCCCUUAUCGGUUCAAGAAAACCGUGUCAUGGAGGAGUACAUCAAGGAAUCAUUAGAAAAAGGGUUUAUUAGGAGAUCCUCUUCUCCAGCUGGAGCAGGGUUCUUCUUUGUAUCGAAGAAAGAAGGUGAUUUAAGACCGUGUAUAGAUUAUAGAGGUCUAAACAAAAUCACUAUCAAAAAUGCAUACCCUAUACCUUUGAUUACAGAAUUAUUUGACAGGCUGAAACAUGCCACUGUGUUCACUAAAUUAGACCUUAGGAAUGCAUACAAUUUGAUACGUAUAAAGGAAAAUCACGAAUGGAAGACUGCAUUCAACACUAGAUCCGGUCAUUACGAAUACACUGUUAUGCCAUUUGGGCUUUGCAAUGCCCCAGCAGUAUUCCAAGAAUUUAUUAAUGAUGUAUUGAGAGAUUUUAUUCACACAUUUGUUAUCGUAUACUUGGACGACAUUUUAAUAUAUUCUGCAGAUAUACACACUCAUCACAGACAUGUUACGACAGUUUUGAAGACCCUUCUUGCUAAUGGUCUUUAUUGCAAGCUAGAAAAAUGUCUGUUUGACCAAACCGAAGUCCAGUUCUUGGGGUAUUUGAUUUCCGCUAAAGGUUUUCGUAUGGAUCCCCAGAAGCUAGCUGCUGUAAUAGAAUGGCCUCUACCGCAAGGUCUGAAAGCUAUUCAGCGUUUUCUUGGGUUCUCCAAUUAUUAUAGACGUUUUAUCAAAGGUUUCUCGUCCAUUGUAGCACCUAUCACCCGUAUGACUAAAAAGGAUGGCAAUACUCGUGUUUGGUCUACUGAGGCACUUCAGGCUUUUGAAUUUCUUAAAACUACGUUCGCCUCUGCACCUAUUUUACAGCAUCCUGUCCCCUCACUGCCCUAUAUACUUGAAGUUGAUGCUUCGGAUAUUGGGGUAGGUGCUGUCUUGUCCCAAAGAGAGUCGCCUGAGAAGCCAUUGCAUCCAUGCGGCUUCUUUUCUAAACAAAUGUCCAAAGCAGAGAAAAAUUAUGAUGUGGGUAAUCGUGAACUCCUUGCUAUUAUUUUAGCACUUAAAGAGUGGAGACAUUUGUUAGAGGGAACUAAGGAUCCUAUCCUCAUUUUUACGGAUCACAAGAACCUAUCCUAUCUUAGCGAAGCCAAAAGAUUGUCUUCCAGGCAGGCUAGGUGGUCACUAUUUUUGUCUCGCUUCAAUUUUAUUAUCACCUAUAGGCCAGGUGAUCGCAACACUAAAGCAGACGCUCUGUCCAGACAGUUCGAAACUACUGACAAACAGGAGAUUGAUGUUACUCCUGUCAUUCCCCAGACAGGAUAAUAGCUACUACUAUUUUGUCUAUUUCCUCGUCCCUCUUGCAGACCAUACAAGCGAAACAAAGCAUGGCACCUAGCGAGAGGCCUAAUGAUAAACUGUUCGUUGAUGUUCCUGAGAGACGGGAUAUCAUGUCAUUAUAUCAUGAUACUAAGACCGCUGGACAUCCUGGUAUUUCCAAAACGGUGUCAGCUGUUUCUCGGUAUUUUUGGUGGGAUUCCUUACGAAAGGAUGUCACCGACUAUAUAAGUGCUUGUACUACUUGUGCCUGUAUGAAAUCCUCCCGUAGAGUUCCUUGUGGGCUGUUGCAUCCGUUACCCGUUCCCGAGAGACCUUGGUCUAACCUGUCCAUGGAUUUUAUUGUUGAAUUACCCCCUUCAAAUGGUAACACAGUAAUCUUGAUGAUAGUGGAUCGGUUCUCCAAAAUGGCUCACUUCGUGUCUCUUCGCAAGUUGCCCACAUCUAAGGAACUGGCUCAUAUCUUCGCUAGAGAAGUAUUUCGAUUACAUGGGAUUCCCGUAUCUAUUGUAUCCGAUAGGGGUAGCCAAUUUAUUUCCAGGUUCUGGAGGGCCUUUUGUUCAGAAAUGGGUAUUUCUCUCUCAUUUUCUUCCGCUUAUCAUCCCCAGUCUAAUGGGGCUGCUGAACGUGCCAACCAGUCUCUGGAGCAAUACCUCCGUUGUUUUGUGUCUCACCAUCAGGACAAUUGGUCUGACCUGCUUCCUUGGGCUGAAUUUGCUCGGAAUAACGCCACUCAUGAUUCUUCCGGCAAGACCCCUUUUUACGUUGUCUAUGGCCAGCAUCCCGUUGUUCUUCCGGCUGCAUUCUCCUCACAGGGCAUGCCAGUUCUGGAUGAGCAUUUGGCUGGUUUGCGUAAUACUUGGGAGCAGGUUCAGCGUUCUUUGGUGGACUCUGCUACUCGCCAGAAGGCUCAGGCUGACAAGCAUCGCAGAGCAGCUCCGUCCUAUGUUGUGGGGGACAGGGUUUUGCUUUCCACGCGGAAUAUUCGUCUCCGGGUGCCUUCUAUGAAAUUGGCUCCCCGCUUCAUUGGACCUUAUCGUAUUAUACAUAAGGUUAAUCCUGUUUCUUAUGCCUUAGGCCUGCCUAAGAAUCUACGUAUUCCUAAUGUUUUUCACACCUCAUUGUUGAAACCUUUCGUACGCAACCGCUAUACCCGGCAUACUCCUCCUCCCCCUCCUAUCUCGGUGGAGGGUCAUGAGGAGUUUGAAGUGUCUGCUGUUCUUGACUCUCGUUUCCUUAGGGGUCGACUUCAGUACUUGGUACAUUGGAAGGGUUAUGGGCCUGAGGAGCACAGUUGGAUUUCGGCUGAUGCUGUCCAUGCUCCCCGUCUUGUGCGCUCUUUCCAUUCUCGUUUUCCUGCCAGGCCUGGUCCUACCCGCCCGGGGGGCGUGUCCUCAGGGGGGGGUACUGUAGCGUUACUUACCUUAACCGGGGGCCGGUCGCGGUCCUCUCUUCAAGCCGCGCGCGGUCCUGCGGCUCAUCCGACUACUUUCGGAUGGAGGCGGGCAGUGACCGCGUGAGGCGGUCACGUGUCCCGCCUGAAACUAAGAGCGCGCCGCGAGUCUCGGGCGCGCUCUUAAAGGGACAGUGGGUGCCUAAAUUGGAAAAGGCAUCCCAUUGGUCCCUGUCAUGCCACACUCCCCAUACACUUACCUUUUGGGGGCGUGGAUAUGACAGGGACCAAUCAAAUUAGAUGCUUAGGUAUUUAUACUCACCUUCUUCCCUUUGUUCCUUGCCCUAUCGUGGUUUCUGUUUCAGUUCCCUUUAGCGCUUGUGGUGUUCAGUUGUGUUUUCUCGUAUUGACUUUGGCUUCGUAUUCUGACUUCGUUUUCGCUUUAUCCUUAUCUGUACUGUUUGCCGGCUUGCUGUUUUCCGUGUACCAGACCCCGGCUUGUCCUAGUUUACGCUGUCUCUCUGUGCCCUUGACCUCGGUUUGUUCCUGGCUCUGUCUUCUCUCAUAUACGUCAAGUCCGGCCAUUCUAAGGUCCGGUAGACGUAUCUCUCCUCUGUAUUUGCCUCUGUUUAGCUGGAUCCUGCGUGUAGGGGUAUAUUCUCGUUACAGACAGGAGACAACUUUCUGGAGAAGUAACCACAAGGAUGCAAAGGGGCAUCCUGACUCUCUGUGAGAAAGAACAGCCCCGACCCCUGUCUCGGAGGCGUCAACCUCAAGUAGGAAAUAUUAGGGAAAUUGCAGAAGGUCUUGAUGGAAAGUUAUGUCUUUUUGCUGAUGAUACCAAGAUAUGUAACAGGGUUGAUGUUACAGGAGGGAUAAGACAAAUGGCAAAUGAUUUAGGUAAACUAGAAAAAUGGUCAGAGUUGUGGCAACUGAAAUUUAAUGUGGAUUAGUGCAAGAUAAUGCACCUUGGACGUAAAACCCAAGGGCAGAGUACAGAAUAUUUGAUAGAGUCCUAACCUCAACAUCUGAGGAAAGGGAUUUAGGGGUGAUUAUUUCUGAUGACUUAAAGGUUGGCAGACAAUGUAACAAAGAAACCGGAAAUGCUAGCAGAAUGAUUGGUUGUAUAGGGAGAGGUGUUAGCGGUAGAAAGAGGGAAGUGUUCAUGCCAUUGUACAGAACACUGGUGAGACCUCAGUUGCAGUAUCGUACGCAGUACUGGAGACCGUAUCUUAAGAAUGAUGUUGAUACUUUAGAAAGAGUUCAGAGAAGGGCUACUAAACUGGUUCAUGGAUUGCAGGAUAAAACUUAACAGUAAAGGUUAAAGGAUCUUAACAUGUAUAGCUUGGAGGAAAGACGAGACAGGGGGGAUAUGAUAGAAACAUUUAAAUACAUAAAAGGAAUCAACACAGUAAAGGAGGAGACUAUAUUUAAAAGAAGAAAAACUACCACAACAAGAGGACGUAGUCUUAAAUUAGAAGGGCAAAGGUUUAACAAUAUCAGGAAGUAUUACUUUACUGAGAGGGUAGUGGAUGCAUGGAAUAGCCUUCCAGCUAAUGUGGUAGAGGUUAACACAGUAAAGGAGUUUAAGCAUGCCUGGGAUAGGCAUAAGGCUCUCCUAGCUAUACGAUAAGGCCAGGGAUUAAUGAAAGCAUUUAGAAAAUUGGGCAAACUAGAUGGGCUGAAUGGUUAUCUGCUGUCACAUUCUAUCUUUCUAUGUUUUCCUGUCAGGACAGUACAUGCCAUUAACCACAUUUUAAUGUGCGGAUGAAUACGUGACACUCACCUUGUUGCUGCCGCACACGCUUGACACCAUGUGAACCGAAUAAGUUUAUCUUGGUCUCAUCUGAGCACAGGACAUGGUUCCAGUAAUCCAUGUCCUUAUAUAUAUAGAAUCUCUCACACACUUGUAAAUUUGUGACUAUAAUUCUAAGAUCCACAUACAGUGAUAUAAAAAUUACAACUUAAAGUUAUUACAAAAAAAAAGGGUUAACCCAAGCUGGACCUGGCACCCAGACCACUUCAUUUAGCUGAAGGGGUCUGGGUGCCUAUAGUGGUCCUUUAAGGGCAAGUCCAGCUUCUGAAACUGUGUCCUUUAAGUGGCUUGCUACCUCCUUAACCUUACCGUAUUGGCCCGGCCCUUAAUCCGCCUCCUUGGUGACUUCAUUAGAAUUUACAAUUUAUAGCCAAUCUAUGGGAAAGCAUUGGCUUGUCUGAAAUCGACAAAGAUUGGGGCGGGGCCAAACGGUGUUGAAUCAGUGCAUCUCCAUGAGGAAAAUUCAGCUUCUCCAUGCAGAGCGUGGAGACGCAGAAUGGUAGUGCUGCUUAUUGUGCGGCACUGCCCCAGGAAGCCCAACUAGUGGACAUCUGAGUGGCCGACACUGGAGAUGUCCCUAGGGGGCAAUGUAAACACUGCCUUUUCUCUGGAAAAGACAGUGUUAUGCAUGAAAAUGCCUGAAAGGGAAUGAUUAUACUCACCAGAACAACUACAAUAAGCUGCUUCUGUUCUGGUGGCUACAGUAUUCUUUUAAAAUGCAACUCUUACACGGUAAACACAUUUGAGUGACAUGCAUGAUUUAGUUUAGUCCAGGAGUUCCCAAUAAAUUUUUCCUGUGGAACCUUUUGACAUCGUGGACCCUCCCUUCCCCCCAAAAAAAACAACUGCGCCAUUUUUUGUAUGUGCCGGUGUGUGUCAAGGUGUUGUUUGUAGGUGUCCGUGUAUCAAAGUGUGUGUGUGUAUAUCUGACACACACACACACGCACAUAAAAUCACAGAUACACACACUGACCCACAGAUUCACACACCUUGACACACAGUGUGUAUCUGUGUGUAUGUAUGUAUCUGUAUGUCAAGGUGUUUGUGUGUAUGUAUCAAGGUGUGUGUAUCUGUGUUUGUAUGUGCCAGUGUGUAUGAAUCUGACACACCUAUAAACACACACUGACAGAUAGUGGCCCACAUAUACACACACUGUCACAGAUCCACACACCUUGAUACACAGUGUGUAUCUGUGUGUCAAGGUAUGUGGAUCUAUGUUUCAAAGUGUGUGUAUCUGUGUUUGUAUGUGCCAGUGUGUGUAUCUGUGUGUGUGUGUAUAUGUAUCUGAAACAGAUAUAUAUAUAUACACACACACACACUGGCACAUAGUGGCACACAGAUACACACUGACCCACAAUUUGACACACUCAGAUACACACACGCACAUACAAACACUGAUACACACUGGCACAUACACACAGUGACACAUACACAACCCUUGACACACAGACACACAUACGCUUUUUCAGAAACACAUACAAGCACAUAAACACUUUCACUGUCAAGAACAUAUACAUUCUCACUGACAAACACUCUCACACACACACACACUGACCAGCACACAUUCACUCACUGACCAGCACACAAACACAUAUAAACUCCCUAACAGACACACAUUAAAAAAAAUUUUUUUUUUUUUUUUUACAUUUUACUCCACCCAGCCCCUGUGUCUGUUAGGAGUGCCUGCAUGGAGUCCCAUUGGUCCACUGGGGCAGCUGGCAUGCAGGCUGCUCAGCUCACUGCGCGCCUCUUAGUGAUUUAUAGUAAGUGUAUUACUCUUCUGUAAUAGAACGUAUAAGGCCUUCUUCAUAGGAAAGCAUUGAAUUAAUUCUUUCCUCUCAUGAUUUGCAAAGCAUGAGGACUUCCAGCAUCAUGUCAUGGUGUUAAACUCCAUGCAGAAAGCACCUCGAGUGACAUUCUGGUAGACUUGACAGUCUUAACUUUUGCAAUGUAAACAUUACAGUUUCUCACAAACAGAAAUGUUUUACAUUACAGUGUUAAGGGGACAGGUAUAUUGCAUCCAGACCACUUCAGUGAGAUGAAGUUGUCUGGGUGCGUGUAGUGUGUCCUUCUAACAAAAGUAAACUUACAACAAACUUCUUAUUUUUUAAGUUUGAUAAGGAGACAGACAUUUACACUUUUAUUUCGUUGGCAAUAAAUAUAUUCGGGAAAUUGGUUCUAAAAUAUAAAUUGGUGUUGGGUUUUUUUUAAUUUAUUUUUUUCCCCAUCAUUCACACGAAAUAUAUAAAUCCUUUUUUUUUUUUUUUUUUUUUUCUCAAAGUAGUGUGUUCCUUUCAUCUUGAGAUCUCCACCCAUUUUAAAAAAUGUACAUAUUUGAUAUAAAACAAAUUUUUAUCUGUUUACAGGUACUUCUACUUUCAUGGAAGCUCUCACAGCCAACGGUACCAGCAAUAUACAGACCUCAGUGACCGCAGUAACAGGCAAAAGGAGAUUCAUUGAUGACCGAAGAGAUCAACCCUUUGAUAAGAGGCUACGCUUCAGUGUGAGACAAACAGAAAGUGCUUAUCGGUAUAGAGACAUUGUUGUCAGGAAACAAGAUGGAUUCACGCACAUUUUACUCUCCACAAAAUCAUCUGAGAAUAAUUCCCUGAAUCCAGAGGUUAGUUAACUUUUCUUUAUUGUUUUUCUGUUUGUUCUUCAUAUACGUCUAGCAUUCCUUGCAGGGGAAUAGGACUUUUUUUUAAUUUUAUUUUUAUGAAGGUGAAGUAGUGAUGAGAGGGGAAAACUGAUAUAUUGAUUAAGCACAUAGAAAAUGGAUGCUGUAAUAGGGAGUGUUGAACUUAAAGCUCUUACUAAUUGUGGACUUGUAGGAAAUCUAUAAUAUGCCUUUUGGGUCCGGAAAUAUUUGGACACUGACACAAGUUUUGUUAUUUUGGCUGUUUACCAAAAAUAAAUUCAAGUUCCAGUUAAAUAAUGAAUAAUGGCUUACAGUGCAGUUUCUCUGCUUUAAUUUGAGGGUAUUCACAUUAACAUUGGAGGAAGGAUUCAGGAAUAGCAGCUCUUUAAUAUGUAGCCACCUCUUUUUCAAGGAACCAAAAGUAAUUGUACAACUGCUGUUUCUUGGACAGGUGUGGGCUAUUCCUUUUAACAGGUCUGAAGUAGAUUCCAGAUGUGGCAUUCACAUUUGGAAGCUUUUUCUCUGAAACCACAACAUGCGAUUAAAGGAGGUCUCGAUGCAAGUGUAAUAGGCUGCAAAUAAAUCCAUCAGAGCGUUAACAUGUACAUUAGGAGUGGCCAUAUAAACAAUUUGGUACAUUCUGGGAAAAAAAUGCACUGGUGAGCUCUGCCACAAAAAGGCCUGGACAUCCAUGAAAAACAGUGGUAGGUGAUCGUAGGAUCUUCUCCAUGGUAAAGAAAAGCCCCUUCACAACCAGCUAAGUGAAGAAAACUCUAAGUCUACAAAAAAUACUUCAUGAGGGCAAAUACAGAGGGUACAUCACAAGAUGCAAACCAUUCAUAGUCUCAAGAAUAGAAAGGCCAGAUUAGACUUUGCCAAAAAAAACAGUCCAGGUCUGGAACAGCAUUCCUUGGACAGAUUAAACUAUAAUCCACCUGUACCGAAGUAGCCGGAUGAAUUCUCAAGAGUAUAGGUGAUAUAUUGUCUACUCAGAUUCCACCAAAGUCAUCUAAGUUGAUUGGACCCAAAACAUUCUGCAAAAGCAACCCAGUUUUUUUUUAUUCUUUAUUUUUGCGAGUAGUGGCAAAUAAUACAACAAAUUUUGUGAGUAGCAGGUAUAUGAUUUAGAUAGUACAGCUAUACAUACAUCACCUAGCUGAACCUACUGUUUUUAUUAGUUGGGUUCUAGUGCGCCCAGGCUCUUCUGUAGAUGGACCUAGGGCUUGUGGGAUGGGGGAUGCUGGUAGCAGGCUUUACGCGCCUUGUGGCUAGUUCGCAGUGCGCCCUGAUACAUAUGCUUUAAUAAGGCGCUUAUUUUCGGUUUAAGUGGGCCUUUAGCUUCCCAAGGCUAGGUUAUGUGUUUUUGUAUGUUGGUGCUGGUACAGGUGGCUGGAGCUGUGCGCGGUACAUUGAGAGAUCGGCUGUGUUGCGCUUUGGUGUCGCUUGUGGAGUCUGUGCUGUUGGGGAGGGGGAACAUGGUUACUCUACUUUAGCUAUGUACCUAAAGCUUACGGAGCCAACAAUGUUACAACAGAGGUGUGGUAUAUUGUUACUAUCAACAGUGAAGAAAGGCAACAAUUAACGAUUUUUGGUGGUAUACAGGUAAGUACAGUCCUAAAGUUCAGGGUGGCGCUUCUGCUGUCGCGGGUGCUCCCCCUCUGGGUACAAAUGGGGUAACAUCUGCUACAUUCCAGGUUGGGUGAAUCACUGCCGUUGUCUGUGCCACUGGCAAGCCUAGAGCUUGUAGGAAAGGUGGCGCUUCAGCAGGCGUGCGUCUUCCCCGCUUUUUCGGCAAGCAGUCGGCGGGGGCCCCACUUGUAUGCGAUGGAGUUUUCUUGGAGAAGCUGGGUGAUAGGCUUGAGGGAUCUCCGCCAGGAAAAGGUAUGUCUGGAUAGGUCCCGAAAAAAUGCUAGUUGUGCUCCUUCAAAGGACACUGUGGGGGUGCCUCUGACUGCCUCCACUUUAACUCCACGUUGGAGUCCCGCACUAGUUUUAGUAGGACAUCCCUGGGAACCUCUUGGGCUGCGUUGGUCACCUUGUUGAGUCUGAAGCAGGAAUCCACUACCAUUUGUUUGGGCACAAGGAGAGUGGCAAGGAGCCUCCUACAGUAAUGAGGGAGUUCUGCUCUUGAGACUGUUUCCGGCACUCCCCUUAUCCUCUGUUUGCGUGCCCUGACUUUAUCCUCCAGGUUGGCUAGCUGGGCCUGAUGGUCAGCACACUUUCUGCAGUGCUCCCAUGGCCGUUUCUGUGGCUGACUCUGCCAGUUUGUAUCCUGCCAUGCCUUCUUCCACUGUGUGCAUGUGUAUAGUGAGGGUGGACACUGCGUCCCGUAUUGGAGCCAGGUCUGCUGUGAACAUGGCCCGGAUCUCUGUUACUAGGGCUUUAAUAUCUGCCCUGGUGGCUGGUGCCGAGUCCCCCUGUGCUGUGGUCAUUGAUGGUCCUGUUCGCCGCCUCGGUUGAGGUCAGAGGUCAGCUGAGCUGCUGUCUUCCUCCGAGGACAGUGGCUUAUAUGCUGCUGCGGGCGCCAUCUUGGCGGGUGCAGGCCGCGUGGCUGUAUGCAUAUAGAUGCUGAUAUCCUGGGAACCCGAGCCCGGGUCCGGUUGCAGUUUUAUUUUAUUUUUUCCCCAUGUCUCUGGGGAUCGGGCAGAAGCUUGCAUGGGUCUGUUCCGAGGGCCAUGUCUGCUUGUAUUUCUCCGUUCUCUGGCCCGUUUGCAGAGCAGCUCCGAGACUCGCCUGGCUUUAGGCGCUGGCUCAGCCCCCAACCCAGUUGUUUAUGGUAAAGUGGAAUAUUCUUCAAUAGUCAAGUCAGUCACCUGAUCUCAACCCUAUGGAGCAUGUAUUUCACUUUCUCAAAACAAAACUUAAGGCAGAAAGACCCAUGAGCAAACCACAACUGAGGACAGCUGCAGUAAAGGUCUGGCAAAGUAUCACAAAGGAGGGAAACCCAGCGUUUGGUGAUGUCCAUGUGUCCUAGACUUCAAGCAGUCAUUGCCUGCAAAGGAUUCGCUGCAAAAUAUUAAAAAUUAACAUUUUAUUUAGGAUUGUGUUAGUUUGUCCAAUUAAAUUUGAGCUCCUGAAAUAAGGGGACUGUGUAUGAAAUAGGUUGCAUUUCAUACAAUAUUUUUGUUCAACCCAUUGAAUUAAAGCUGAAAUUCUUCACUUCAAUGGCAUCUUGGUUGUUCAAUUUCAAUCCAUUGUGGUGGCGUACAGAGUCACAGUUAUGAAAAUUGUGUCAGUGUUUAAAAAUUUCCAGGCCUAACUUUAUAUCCUAGUACUACUCGCCACAUGUUCUUGGAGUGGGCUGCUUGCCAGCCUCCUACAUUCUGACUAUGGCCCUGGGAUAUGUGGCAUUUGAACACUAUUUGUGCCCUGUGACAAAACUGGAGAAUGUGCACAAAUAUGACUAUUGUCCAUAUUUUUUAUGAUUCCCUUCGUUUGUUGCACUGUUCCCCAUGUGUUUCAUCUGUUGGUCCGGCUGGAUAGACUACCAGACAAACUGUGGAGUUACUGGGUGGCCACCAUUUCAUGUAUCAGAGUCACAUGGUGAGAACAAUGGAUGGCGGCCAUUUUAACUCACAGACACUGUUUGGACUUUUCUACACGGUGCCAUCUCGCUGGUAUUUGGUGCACAAAGAUAUCGUGCAGUAGUUUUAAACUAUACAACAGGCAACAGGGGACACAUUAUACAGUAAUUAUUUUUCAUAUAGCCUGUAUAUGUUUUGCGGAAUCUGCAUUAAACUGUAUCUUCCAAACUACUGAACGGAUCUGGGUGAAUUUUGGAUAUGUGGUUCACCCAGAUUCCCGGUUCCGAGGAUAUACUUUUUAUGGGGUUAUUUGGGCUCCCUGUGAUAUGUUUUAUAAUACUGUAUUUCUCUGCCUGUGAUAAUUAUAUUAACCAUUGUGUUCAGUAAUCACAUUACAGACAGAGGGGAGGAUUUUGUGUGGGAGUGUCUGUGUAUAUUGUACGGAUUGAUUGGUUGUAUUUCAAAACCCUGUGGGCAGUACUAUGUUUGUGGAUUGUGAAUUAAAGAGGCUGUAUGUGCCAGUACAGUCAGUUCUGCUUGACCUCGAAACGAAGUGUCGUCUCGUUAUUGGGGGAAUUGGAUUGUAUCCUGAUUGCCAGGAGUGUAUGCUGAUUGUAUGCUUUUCCUGUUCAGCUGCUUACAGCAUUCAUAUGCUUGAGAGCAUUCGAAUGCUUCUCAGGUUCGGUGGUUGUGGUAUCUGCUGCAGUGCUUGGAGUCCUCAGGAAGCGUUAGGAGCAUCCUUCAACGGAGGUACCCAGUCGGGGUGCCAGGUGAUCCGUUACACUACUAAUUUAAAAACAAAUUAUAUUUUUUAUUAACAAGUAUCACUAAUGGUAAAUUAUUUAACCAACUGGUAUUAAAUGUUCAAGUACUCUCUAAUUUUGUCACACUAUUCUGUUUUAGUGGUUCUAACCUUUUUUCAGGAUCGUAAAUCUUUGUUGAUGGUAUUAGCUUGGUGACCCAUCCUUCGUUUCUAUAAGCAUCUGAUACAUUAAUCAACCAUCAUAUCCUAUAUAGCCAAAUAUAUUGUGCAUUAGACAAUAUCCAUUAUGUUAGCGGUAUCCCACUUCAUUGGGAAAGCUGCUACAAUAAAUUUACUGAUAAAAAAGCAAUGCAUUGUGUACAGUUGUAUUGGGAUCUGAUGAAUACAAUGUCCCCAUUCCAGCGAUUGAGAAACCAAUUUUGGUAAUUUUUUUUAUUUAUUUUUUUAUUAAAGGUGUAUGAGAAAUAAAUUACUUCACAUGAAAUAAAUAUGGGGUCUUAAAAUCCAAAUAGGUACAUUUUAUAGAAACUAGAGCCUAAUGUGUCACAAAAACACAUCACGUGUAUUUUAUGGUAACAAAAAUAGUCCUCAGCAAUCAAUUCAGAUGGUUUAUACAGCUAUCAAAGUGAAAUGGUAACAUUUUGAUACUUAUGUGUCGUUCUCAAGCAAUAAGUGAAAUUGUGCAACACCGCAAUGUGUAUGGAUGAAUAAUCUAAAAUAUCCAAUCACAACAUCAAAUUUAAAGUGUCCAAAUCGGUGUCUUUAAAGGAAUUUUCCCCAUUUUGAGGUAGGACAGAAUAUCAGCCCAUUUCUUCCUAAAAGUACAGUGCGCCUAUUUUUGUUACUGAAUAUAGUGUCAAUAUCCAUAAAAAAAAUUACUAUACUGUUGUACAAAAAACAUCAAUCAGUUCAGUUAAGAAAAUGCAACCUGCAACAUUUUGAAGAUACAGUGUACCAUAUAUUAAAAUGUAUGUGAAUGUUGAUAAUCUAAUGUUUCUGUACAUCAUGUUAAACUUUUCAAGUCUUCUAAAUAUCACAAUCACAAUUAUUGCAAUAUCGUAAAUGGUAAAGUACACAAUUUGCCUAAGAAAAAUUAAACCGCAUUUGUGAUUGUCUGGAUAAAGACUGUCAAAUCUCUAAUGAACUAUUUUAAAAAUGCAAAUAAUACAGGGGUCCUAUUGAAAUUUAUUUAUGGUGCAUCAUCCGUUGUAUUUUACUUUGUUAAUGUCCUAUAUAACUCCAUUGAUUGUUCGUUAAAAAUAUGAUGGGUUAAUCGCUAAAUGUAUUGCUCUUUCAAAUUUCUUAUUGAUACAUUUUGUGUUUUUUGUAUCCCCUAAAUGUUCUUGGGAAAGCAAUGUUUUCAAAGGUCUGGAUCCCAUCAGUAAAUUAAACUAUCACACUACCUACCCACUUUAAAACUGAAUUACUUUUUCUUGUGCAAUUCUUUUUUUUUUUUUUUUUGUUCUGCUCGGAAAGGCAGGUAAAUAUAUCUAGAGGUUAAUUCCUGACAGCACAAUACAUUGUUACUCCUUCUCUCUGGUCUACAUGCUUUGCAAUGGGUAAAUUAUAUAAAGGUGUCCUCGUAUGAUUUUAACUGCCUAAUUUAGUAUAUUCUGGGCCUUGAUUCUGUGGCUACAGAGAGGUUCAUCUCUGGCAGUUACAUAAACAAUAAACAGUUGGUGAGAGCACACUAAACAAAGUUAACACUUUACCCUUAGCAUUCAGAAAGUCUGUAAUUUUUUUUUUUAUUAUUAUUUAUUUUUGAUUCGACACAUAGUACGGCAUGGCAGUAUUCAGUGGCUCACGCAUGGGCCAAUAGUGAUUGAGACAUACAAUGCAUUAUACAGAAGAGAAGCGGUUUAAUAAGGUUAUGCCAGGUUCUUUUAUGCUGUGCAGUGUCGCCGUUUCUGUUGUGAUGGGCUUUUCAUGCCCAUAGAUAAAAAUAAAAUAAAGUAACAAAACUAAACCAUCUUAGAAAUAUAGUAACUAACUAAAUAUAGCUAUAGCUACCGAAGGUAAGAACCUCCGAUAUAUUUCCCUACUAUGAACUUCCAUCCCACUGGCCAGCCCUAGAUGUCUGUUAGUGCGUUUGAUUGAGGGUUCUGCAUUCCGCGUUCCAGGGCAGAAAGUCUGUAAUUUUAUCAAUACUUGAUUUACUCCUGUAUAUAAAAUAUAAGAACAGGAAAAAAAACGCACAUAGAGUAGUAAUGUUUUAGUCUAAUUUGUAACUCAGACUUAAAAAGGUUUCACUCACAUGGUUUUGAGUCACUUAACAUAAGCUGGCUCAAACUACAGGCAUGAAUAAAAUCAACACGUGGCCUCCGCACACCAGGCUGCUCCCCCUCCGUGGUUCUUCCGUUAUAUUCAAGUAUUCCAUGAUGCAAGGAAUUGAAAUAACAAUUUUAUUGGACACACAAAAAAAAUUGGGGUAAAAACAAACACUAUGUAUAAAUUAAUAAGAAGUCCACUGUGCAAAUUGACUUGACGCGUUUCGGCCUGGUCCUUUAUCAAAAGUCCAAUCAUCUUCCUCAUUCCUAAGCAUUUAAAUAUGUCCGGUUUUGGCUCCCUUUUUGGCUUUUGCAUCAAUUUUCUUUCUACUUCCAGUAUCAGGGCUGCAUCCUAUGCCCUGGCCUCCUUCCAAUGUCACUUCCGGUUCGCACUGUGUAGCGUCUGACACAACUUCCGGUCCCUGCAUCAUGAUGUACUUCCGGUUCGGACUGAAAGCUCUGCAAAUUUGCCAGUAUUAAAAAUGCUCAUAUUUAAAUGAUUAGGAAUGAGGAAGAUUAUUAGACUUUUGAUAAAGGCCCAGGCCUAAACGCGUCAAGUCUUUACUAUUUGCACAGUAGACUUCUUAUUUAUUUAUACCCAGUGUUAGUUUUUACCCCAGUUUUUUAGUUUGUCCAAUAAAAUUAUUUCAAUUCCUUUCAUCCUGGAAUACUUGAAUAUAACGGAGGGGGAGCAGCCUGGUGUGUGGAGGCCACGUGCUGAUAUUAUCCAUGCCUGUAGUUUGAGCCAGCUUAUGUUAAGUGGCUCAAAACCAUGUGAGUGAAACCUUUUUAAGUCUGAGUUACAAAUUAGACUUAAACGUUACUACUCUGUGCAUUUUUUUUUCCUGUUCUUAUAUUUUAUAUACAUGAGUAAAUCAAGUAUUGAUAGAAUUACAGACUUUCUGAAUGCUAAGUGUAAAGUGUUACUUUGUGUAGUGUGCUCUCACCAACUGUUUAUUGUUUAUUAUUCAUUUGUAUGUGUCUGAGUGACUCACGUAGGUGAUUGAAGCACUCUUGUUUUUAAUCUGGUCUAUUUUUAACCGUAUAUCUUAUUUAUUUAUUCUAGCAGUUAUAACCAUGGGGAAAUUAAAUUUAUCAUUUUUAGAAUCUAGCUUCUGUUAAGCUUGCUUAAUUUGCACCAGUUUUCUUAUUUACUCAAUUACACCUGCUUUUAUAUUUCUUUAGAUCGCUUAUUAGACACUAGUUUUUAUUAUUUUAUUAUUUAUAUAGCGCCAGCAAAUUCCGUAGCGCUGUACAAUGGGUGGGCUAACAGACACAUAAUUGUAACCAGACAAAUGGACUCACAGGAACAGAGGGGCUGAGGGCCCUGCUCAAUGAAAUUACAUGCUAGAGCAGUGAUGGCGAACCUUUUUAAAGCCCGAGUGCCCAAACCGCAAUACAUGCCAACUUUUUUCCCCUCAAAGUGCCAACAUGGCAAUUAAACCUGAAUACGUGUGUGGGGGAGGAGGGUAGAAGUGCUGUAUGUGUGGGAGGGAGGGGUGCUGUGUGUGUGUGUGUGGGGGGGGAGGGGUGCUGUGUGUGGGGGGGAGGGCAGGAGGGGGAGUGCCAUAGGUUCGCCAUCACUGUGCUAGAGGAUGUAACGUUUAUUUAGAAAUAUAACCUGUAUAAUAUUCACAUACGAUGAGAACAAUUUAUAUAAUAGAACAACAUAAGUCAAAUUGUCACUAUUCAGCAAUUACAUAAAAAUGUUAUAAGUUAACAAAAUAGAAGGCUAACAGAGUAUAGAAAAUGGAAGAUCGGCUCCCAGGAAGAGAACCUGCAACCUCCCUAUGCAAGAUCCUUGCGUUUCACAGAGGGUCAUGCAUCCAACAAGGACUAGACAAAAGUAGAAUAACUAAAUUUGUGUAUUUGCAGAAGUAAAAGCAUUCUCAGCUAAACAUAUCACAUUGAACAUCCAUUCAAUCCAAGUUUCUAUAUGAGAGAUCAAAGUCCACUUGAUCAACCAUGUAUCCUUGACUAACUCCUGCUAGUGUUCAUAGGAAAAAAUGGAGUCAUGUGCAACUGGUAUCAAUGUGCACACCCUGGUGCUACCAUAUUUUUUUGGAAGCAUUGAUAAAGCACUGAAUCAUUCUUAUUUACCAUACAGGACUUUUUUUAUAAUUACGUAAAGUCCAAUAGUAAUGUUGUAGUAGAAGCAAUCCUGGAGAGAAAGCUAAUUCAGAUUUAGAUUAGCACACAUUUGCAUGAAUAUUUCCAAAAAGGCUUUAUAUGAGUACAAAACAACCUAUUACAGAUGAGUGAUUUUCCGCAAACUGCUAUUUUGGAAGUUGUGUUUUUUCAAUGUGUCUUUUUUACCUUUUGGAAAUGGGUGAUUAUGGAGAACUUGUACAUGCAGUAGGAAUCCUUAGCCACUACUCUGUCUAUGAAGAUACCCAGGUUUUUCUCCCAGCAGAUAGGGAAUUAGGAUCAUCAGACCUUGGGUUACUAGUAGUUUAUGAAGAGUGGUAAACUGUGUGGUGGAUCCUUUCUUAUGGCUUAAAUAAAAAAAUAAUAGUAUAAUUCCUGCCUACUGAUAUGUGAAUUGUUAGUAUUCUCAAUGUAUCCAGAUAAACAUAUGGAAUGAAAAAGGACGACAUAAGGCCUCCAAUAUUGUAGUAGUAAUCAAUCAAAAUGGUAAAUGUGCAAAAAGGAAAAAAUCCAUGUAAGGAUCUUUCAACAAGCUCAAGAGUAAACCACAAAUAGUGGUACAAUCCACCUUAAAGACAUAGUGAUUGAAUCUUUCCCAGAACAUCAGUAACAUAUGGAAUACUUAUAAAUUAUAUAUAUUCUUUGUAUCCGUGCCAAAUAGAAAUUUAAUCUUUAUUACAAUUAUAGGAGCAAUGUACUUGCUCUAUGAAGACAGCAAUAUUUAUUUCACACCCAGUAUAGAUGUGAUGAUGUAUUAAUUCAAUGUUGGAACCAGGAAAAAUAUAGUUAAAUAAAAGGGUAAAUCUUACUGAAAUGUAUCAACAAAAAAUAAAUCCCUAAAAAGUGGUAAAAUGUCGCCACGUAAUAAAGUCCACCUCAAGUUUUUAAAGGGACACUGUAGGCACCCAGACCACUUCAGCUAAUUUUUUGCACUUAGUGCUGCAAUGUUUUCUUCCUAGGAUCGAUUCAGUGCUUUCCUAUGGGAAGGUCUAAUGCAGGUGCGGCAUUUGCUGCGCAUGCGCUUUAGACCCCGCUCGUCGCAGGACAAAGGAACGGGAAAUGCGUGAAAAAACAAUAUUAGGCCGAUCAAGAAAAUCUUGUGAUAAAUAAAUGAGCUGAAAAUGCCCUCUGCUGAUGACUAAUGAACAAGACACUACUAGGACAAUAAAGGGAAGUAUAAAGAAUAGCUAAGCGUCCUCUGGUGAAGAGCCAGUAAAGUAGCAAAUGAUAAAAGAAGAGAAGAUAGGGGGGAAAAAAAAUAACAUUUUAAAAGAAAUAACAAAAACAGAAAUUUAAAUCAAACAUUGCAUUGAGUCCUACUGGUUUUAAGGUUUUGAGGUUAAAUAUCUAGUUCAUUUCCAUUUUUCUUAAAAUCUUCCUUAUGUCACCAGCUCUCCAUGGUCUAUUGUAUUUCUAGAUACAUAUAAUCUUUAAAGGAUUUGGGUUGCUAUUAUGCAUUAGAAUAUGUUUGGACAGUGAGUAGCAGUUUGUUAUAGUUUUACAGUGUUCAGCAAUUGUUUUUUAGGCAUCUAGAUUGUUCCCACAUGUUAAAGCGGCACUGUCACGCUGAACUUACCUUUUCCAAAUCUUCCUCUUUCAGAAUCUGUUUUCUGAUCUAGUUUUCUUUAAACAUAAGACAAAGUAGUAAAUGCUUUGUUUCAUGUAUUUUUCCUGGGCCUGACUUUCUCUGACUCUUGGAGGAGCUUAAGUUGGCUCCAUUUACGUUGUCAAAGACUGUUUUUCCACAAUAUUCACACUCCUCCGUAUUCUCACAGUGCUUAAUUUGUCAUUCUUGAAUGUCCUUCAGGUAGACUUGGCGAAUUGACCAUGUUUCAUCCCAACAGAAUUUAGAAAGUUUGUUCAUUUUAGGACGAAAUGCGGGCAUUAAUUUUGGUUUGGAAUUUCAUUCAGAGAUGCCCGCGGUGGCAUCUUGCACCUGAUUAGUAGAUUGUAGCCUGGUAGGAAAACAUUGUUUGGAUGUGUUUUUUUUUUUGGUUUGGGGGGGUGGGGCGGUUGUUAAAGGGGGUGGAGGAGAUAGCAUAGCUAAGCUCUGCAUUAUUUGUACUUGUUGCAUAAGUGAGUCUUUGAAAGAAAAAAAUUUCAGUGCCGUCAGCGGCUGAGCGAUGUACCUACACUGAUAAUGAACUCUUUUUCUUGAUUAGAAAGAAAUAAGGUGUGGCUAAGGAGGAAGCUUUAUGAAGCGUCUUUCUGCCAAAUAUUUGUUUUAAAUUACAACUAUUUUCCAUGCAAACGUACAGUCCAUUGAUGAGAUCAAAACUUAUCAAAUGUAUUCAAGUCGUGUGGGUGCCCAGAUUAUCCCAUUAAUGUAAAACGUAAUUGUUUUUGAUCCUUUGUGAUACUUUUAUACCGAUCUAUUACAUUUAUGGUGGUAAUGAAAUCCUACUGAUCUUGCUUUAAUGGGUUGUUACAUUGAUUAUAUGUACAGAGUCAGAUUUUAUAUAUUAUGUCUGAUAUAAAAUUAACACCACAUUAGAUUUAGUUUUUAAAUUGAUUAUUCCAGGGUCAUCAAAUCUAUGGUGCCAGGUUGCCAUAGAGACACAGAAAUGGCACCUGGCAAUGAGAAUCUCCCUGCCAAUGGAGAACAAAAAACUUCCCCUGGCACGUAUGAUCAAGAACGGAAUGAACUGUCUCUGCAUGCUCUGACAGUAGAGACCACAUCGGGGCUUCUUCACAUUUUUACUUUAAAAACACUGUCACUGUAACCACUGCCAUAUGCCCCAAUUUCCCUUUUAUUUUUUUACAGAAACAUUUCGAAAUUGAAGCUCUGAAUUAUUUUUAGCAAAACUCAAUCAAGCAGUUAUAACUUCUAAUCAUUCUCUAUGUAAAAUAAGACAUUUUCUAGAACCUUUAUAUCCUUUUUAAAAGCAGUAAAUGUUACAUUGUAAGAAAUUAGUUGUCUUCUCUCUCUAUUUUUCUUUAGUUUUUUUUUCUCCUCCGUUGGCUGCUUUACUACAUAUGUAUCCAUUCUUACCUUAGGAUAAACUUUUUAUUUUUGUUUUUUUGUUUUUUGGGAUUUUAGGUCAUGAAGGAAGUACAAGGGGCACUAAACACCGCAGCUGCAGAUGACAGCAAACUUGUACUUUUCAGCGCAGUUGGUAGUGUGUUCUGCUGCGGUCUUGAUUUUAUAUAUUUUAUACGGCGUUUGACAGAUGAUAGAAAAAGGGAAAGCACUAAAAUGGCAGAAGCCAUUAGGUAUGUAUGCUUUAGUUUUGUGUGUUUUCCCUCUUGUCAUAUUGAUAAGUGAUUUAUUUUAAAGUAUAAUCUUCCCAAAACUAUAGUUAAUAUUGGAGAUAUAUGUAAAAUGUAAAAACUUUCUAUUUAUUUAUGUGAUUGAGGACUGAGGAUAAAAUUGUUGUGACUAAUUUUCUCCCCUUUUUAAUACCUCAUUUACUGUUAUACAAUAUUGCUAAUUAUAGUCUAGUUUGCACAUUGAGUAUCUGAUUCACAGGUAGUGAUUGCUUUGGUUUAUUUACUAAAAUCCUAAAUUAGAAUCCGUUUACAGCUGUCUGUGCAAAAAUGUAUUCACAUUGGUUUUAGGUAUUCGGUCCUUUUCCAAGUCUGGUAGCUUCCUUAGCUAGCUCAAGUCAACUUCAAUGCAUGCAUUGGGAGUGGCUAUACUGUCAGUUACUUGAACCUCCCAAAAAUGUAAUUCGAAAAAGAAAAAAAUCAAACCUGAAUAAUAAUUAUUCUUUUACUUUCCAUUUCAAUUUAUCUACCUAUUUUUUUUUUUAUUCUUUAUUUUAGUUGUGCAUAGAUAAUACAAACAGGCUUGUAAUGGCACAACAGCUAGAGCAAGCAUUUUAAUAGACAUAGAUUGACAACUAUAUGGAAUUUGAUAACACUGCACAUUUUUAUUAAAUAUUGAAUACGAGAAAGCUAGCCUACAUGGGCUGUAAGUGAUGCAUUUGCAGAUUACUCAGAUGUGUCCUAACAUUAAAUUUAAGAAAUAUAUAACUAAGAAACGUAGCUUGAGUUUGGACACGGCUGUAAUAAACAAGAGUAUGUGUGCUUAAGGUGUUAAGCACGUCUAAAGCAUAAGCAGGAGUAUUUAAAAGCCACUGGAGCCUCACUAUUGGUUUUGUUAAAAACCACUAAAAGGUAAAAGAGUCAAGACUUUAUCAAGCAUACUGGCCCCAUGAAAUUGUCCCCCAGCCACCAGGUCACCGAAAUCCAGCCAGUACCACGCCCUCGGACCCAGGACGCCACACAAGCCGCAUCCUGCUCUUAGAUUCAGUCUGUCCAGCAGCUGUAAUCUGUGUCUCCGGAGAGUUACUAAUGAUGUUCCUGUCACUUGCAGACUUCCCUCCAGGGUAUAGGGCCAUUGUGGGGAGUUUCCCACCAUUAGGCUCGUGGCCAGGGUAAGUAGCUGCAGCUAUCAAAUUCAAGUGCUGGGCACAUGGUUGCACGAGAAUUGAGGCCUCUCUUGUCCAGUGCGACUUUCCGCAGGCUUAUCGUUGUCAAAUUUCAUUAGGGUUCCAAGCUGCAGCCAUCUUAGAAGCAGUUGAUGCAGGCCCUUAUGCUGUUGUCUGCCAAUGAAUAGCCUCUAAGUCACUUCCGAGCCCUCCAGCAGGAACUGGGAUAACCCCCACAAGUCCAAAAGAGGGCAAACAAGACCAGUCAGACGAUGGAGCGACGUGUUGAUGCACAGCCUUCGAGUUGCAGAGCAAAGCAGCGGCCGUACGCCUCACUCCCUACCUCAGGGAUUACACACUCUGGGGCUCCAGUUACAGGUCAGAUCCACAGUACUGGUAGUCACAAUAAUAUGCUGCAGUUUUCCAGUUCAAGGUAGCCAGGUAGGUAUGUUUUUUUAUUGAUUUUAUUAUACUGAAAGGAGGAGCACAACCAGCUAAAAUACAAAGCACUUUAUUGUACAGGAACACACAUAACCGGUAUCAGCACUAUCAAAUUAAAGUAUCUAUAUAGUCAAACCUAUACAAUGAAUAUGCAAGCACUGACUAAGACAAAAGAAAAAGAUCAGGAAAAAUCAAUAAUACUUAUUUUGAUACUUGUAUAGGGGGGCUAUUUUUUUUUUGACGUCUUCACCCUCUUCUCAUGUGCUUUGGCAGGUUCUAUUGGUUUCGGUAUGUACUUUUUGGUUAAUACUCCUAUACAGGUAUCAAAAUAAUUGUUUUUCUGCAUCUGUGGUAACACCACUCAGUCUGCAUUUUCUAGAUUGAUUUUUCCUGAUCUUUUUCUUUUGUCUUAGUCAGUGCUUGCAUAUUCAUUGUAUAUGUUUGACUAUAAAGAUACUUUAAUUUGAUAGUGCUGAUACCGGUUAUGUGUGUUCCUGUACAAUAGAGUGCUUUGUAUUUUAGCUGGUUGUGCUCCUCCUUUCAGUAUAAUAUUAUUGUAUCAGUAGCCUUUUGGAAAUAGGGCUUUGUGAGUGAGCACCCUAAUCUGUAUUAAUUGCCUUAAUCUAUUGCAUAUGGCUGACAACCGGGUGUGCCCACCAUUCUUUUGUUAAUACACAUUUAAUUGAUUUUAUGCCAGAAACCUUGGGAGCUGUUCUGACAUGCGGGCAGCCACACGGCCACGGCCACACUCCCCUACUUAAUUUACUUUUUAUGUUUGUUUUAGUUUACUUUUCUUGUUUUAUACACAAGUCUGCUUCUAUGAAUAAAUCCUCCCAAUUGAUUUUGAAGUGACUUAUAGGUAAGGGAAGGGUACUUACUCUUUGUCUAGUGAUAUAAUGAAAUGGUAUAUUUAGAGAUUAAUUUCAGUUUUUGUUAUUUCUUCUUUUAUGGAAAGUAUACAGUAGCUCUUUACUAUUUUAUUUUUGUUAUAUUUAUUAUUAUUUUUAUUUUUUUAACUAUUCAGUUUUAAAAAGUAUAUAAGGGUUGCCUGUGGGUGGAUAUACUCUUCAGGAAGAGUUUUUUAUGAAGUGGAUUCCAUUAUCAAGCAUCACGAGACAAGUUGAGAGCUUCCAGUUACUCAGCCGUGCUUAAUGCUGACACCUGAGCCAACUAAAGGAAGCUACCAAAUGCAAACAAGGAUCAAAUAUAGAAAAAGAAAGUCUGGAAAGGGUAAGCUAAACAAGCAAACCCAAUAGCAGACUUGGUAUCCUCAGAAAAGCUGCUCUAUCAGUAGUUUAUCUUCUCAUUAGGGAUUUAAUAAAAUUAUAGUUGCUUUUUUUUUUUUUGCUCUGAAAAAUAGGCAUUACUAGCCGAUCACUGAUAGAGCAGCUUUUCUGAGGAUACUAAGUCUGCUAUUGGGUUCGCUUGUUUAGCUUACUCUUUCCAGACUUUCCUUUUCUAGUCAAUUUUGGGUCAUGCCCUCAGUAUCCCACAACCACUCCAACUCUGUUGAAAGGUUUUCCCUCUCAGCAUUAUUGGACGUUUCUCAAGGAUCAAACAUAAACUAUCAGAACAAGAUUGAUACCAUGUUAAACGAGCUCCUUUUUCUUUUUAUUAUAUUAAAAUUUAAGUUAUACUUCAUUAUUCAUAUUAUUAUUUUUUUUAUCACUUUAUGAAGAAUUAUAUAAAAUUAUAUAUUAAAUACACUGAAUAUCACACACGUUUGCAAGUGAUCAAUUGCCAAUAUAUACAUAUUGAGAAUUUGAAUUAAAACCACACACUAUUAAAUGCCUUUUUAUUUAUUUUUUACUUGUUUUUACAAAACAAAAGAGAAAAUACAAGUCAUUUAUUUGUAUUUGUUACAUAUGUUCCAUUUUGGGUUAAACAUGUCUUUAUUGUAUUUUGAUUAUCUUGUGUGUGUGUGUGUGUGUGUGUGUGUGUUUGCACAUGCAUUAGACAUUCACACUUUCUUUUGGUAAGUCUUGGGUGAAGUUUCUCAUGGGUCUAGUGUUUUGGCUCUACUUUUUUUUUUGGAGGGUUGCAUACCAUCUGGAGGUCAAUGCUAUACCUGUAUGAAGUAGUUUAAAUGAGCAUGGAUAUACUUUCACUUUCUUUCAGUUUUGAGCUCAUUCCUGGUCCUGGCAAAUGUUCUUAAAUUUCAGUGUGCAUUAGUGGAAGUAUUUUGGCCUCAAUCUAGACCACCAUGAACUGGUGUGCCAAUGAGCUUGUUAUUUCAUUGUGGUAAAACAGAAUUUAAAAAGUACAAACAGAUAUUGAACAAAAUUGGUUUGCUGAAUGUAACUGAAUGAUGGAAUGAUAUUUUAAAUCUAUAUCUAACUAAAACUCCAUUCCCUACAAAGCAACAGUUUUGGCACACUUCAUUUAAAAUCGUUUAAAAAUGAACGUUAAAAAGUUGUAAGUUGUGAUACUAAAUACAUAGGCAAUUUUGAUCUGUUGCAUUUAAUACAUUCUAUCCGAUAUAUCUAUCUAAUCAAUCUAUCUUCUCUCCAUAAUUAAAAAAUAUAUAAUUGUUGUUUAAUUUUUUUCCAGGACAUUUGUGAAUACCUUUAUUCAGUUUAAGAAGCCAAUUAUUGUAGCUGUGAAUGGACCUGCUAUUGGACUUGGAGCAUCGAUACUGCCUUUAUGUGAUGUAAUUUGGGCUAAUGAAAAAGCCUGGUUUCAAACACCCUACACAACAUUUGGCCAAAGCCCUGAUGGAUGUUCAACUGUUAUGUUUCCUAAAAUAAUGGGCCUUGCAUCUGUAAGUAAUUUAUUUUGGUUUUUAAAUAUUUAAGUGUAUAAUUAGGAGUGUUCACUGUGUAAUAUUGAAGGGAAAAAAGGGUAGCGAUGGGUCAGCGCGCAAGGUGUUGGUACAGAUAAAACAAUGGAUAAUUGGGCAGCACACCAGGGUAGUAAGGCUCCCUCAGAAGGCCUUACAGGUAGACAAAGCAAUAGGGUAGAGAGUAGAAGAUAGGUGGCGCCAGUAAUAAAGAGCAAAGUAGAUAAAAAUAAUAAUAUAGUCUAAGUGAUUAAAAGUCCAGUAGUAGAGUUCAAGAAUGUCUUUUGGGGGACUGUAUGUAGAAGCCAACGAAAAUGUAGAAUAUGGGAUAACCGCUCCAUAAGCCGAAGAUGUUCUUACACUCCGUAUGUGUAAAGAAGAGACAACUAAUGGUGCAGUAUAUUCAACAAUCAUGUGUUAUUCUUGUAAAAGUCUUAUAUGAUCCUACUCAAAUUUGUAGAGCUAAUGGACUAGCUCUAGUAUGAAGUGCGUUCAGUGGUAUAAUAUGGAGCACAGAAUACGAGAAAGUGGCAGGGAUCUCAACCCGCCACACCUCAUACCUGACAAAUCACUCCUAAAGCGGCUCCUACAUCGGUGAAGCCGAAGAGGCAGCAGUCUCGCCUGAAGGUUGCCAUCCACCAUGAGUUGUCCAACACCCGCUAUUGCUUUCCUAGGCUGAAGAUGCAACCCGGGUACAUAACCCACUAACUUGGAAGGAGACAGCCAGAGGUCAAGCGGUGACAACUCCUCCCCGAGAUGUUGCUUGCAGUGUCGAGAGAGACGGGAGCAGUGGGACCACCACAUGGGCUCUUAUGGUAGCCUGGGGCCGGCGGAGUGGCCUGCAUUGGACUGCCAGGACGCUAUCUUUACACAUGGCUCUCAUGGCCAGCGUGGGUAUCGGGUGAAGUACAGCAACAGGGGGAGGGGGAGACAAAUGUGGAGCCAACAAUGAAUAAGCUAUAUAUGUCACUUUGACUAGCAUGCUCCUUCAAACACUCCACCUUGGUUCCCCACAAUCGUAGCAUUUUACUUCUAUCCGAUAUGAAGUAGAUGCCUGACUUCUGUUUAAUUUUAGCCUAUCAUGUUCCUACCUCGCACACAGCCAUACUGACAACUAGCAUUAUGUCAGCCUAGACAGUCUGAACCACUAACACACAAGUAGGCUACAUGGCUGACAAGCUUACCAUCCUAUACUUAAUCGACAAUGUUUGAACGUAACUAGAACAUGUUAUUUCACCUACCCUUAUAUUACCUCAAAAUGUCAGUAUGUUUAUUCUGAAAAUAACUUGUCUGCCUUAUUUCAUAACUGACAUGUUGGUUUCUCUUGAUAAUUCUCCACUAUAACAUAAAAUGUGCAAAGUUUUGAUAUGCCAUACAACUGUCUGUAAAUGUUGAAAGUUACGCUGGCAAUAGCUGUUGUGGCAUUGCUUGCCUCUUAGUAUUUUUCAUGCAUGACAAAAUAAAGAAUUUAAAUAAAAAUAAAUAAUAAAAAAAAUUAAGUAAAUACCCCCUCUCCCCCAGGACCUCGGACGUACCUAGUAGGUUCGAGGUAAUCCUAAAUUACUUACCUAAUCGCCGCCGUUCCCCUGCCGGCGAUCGGUCUUCUUCUCCACUAGGGGGUCUGUCUGAUAGCUCAGACAGUCUUCCCUCUGCAAAAUAAGACCCCAAGGGCCAUGUGAUCGCUCUGAAAGAGCGGUCACAUGGCCGCAAUAGACGUCCACAGUGUUGCCUGCAGGGAGACUGCCUGAACUGACUAAAAGAAUAGUAAUAAAAAUUGUGUGUGUAUAUAUGUAUGUGUGUGUUUUUAUAUAUAUAUAUGUAUAUGUGUGUGUAUAUGUACAUAACGUCAUACUAAGUGUAUUAUAUAUAUAUAUACACACACACACACAUAUUAAUAUAAAAAUACACUGUAAAAAUAAUUUCAAAAUUAUAUAUGUAAUUUUAUUCUAACUGUAUUUUGAUAUUAAUAUAAAAUUGUUAUAUCAAAUACACUUAGAAUGAAAUUAUAUGUAUAAAUAAAUAAAAAUAAUAUGAAAUAUACAUAUGUUUUACACAAUUACAUAAAUUCAUAAAUAUACACGUAGACUUCAAAUAUAUAAAUAUGUAUGUAUAUAUUUCAAUUCUACGUGCAUAUUUAUGUAAUAUUUUUACAUAAUUAAGUAACUUUAUUAAUUACAAUUUGGGUAACCUGGCUGAUAACCCAGGCCAAAAGUCCAGAGAAUUUAUUUGCUAGCAGUAUUUUCAACUCUGUAACUUUCCAUGACACCCUAAAACCUGUACAUUGGGGGGUACUGUUUUACUCGGUAGACUUCGCUGAACAAAAAUAUUAGUGUUUCAAAACCAUAAAACAUAUCACAGCAAUGAUUAUGUCAGUGAAAGUGACAGGUCUUUUUUUUUUUAUUUAUUUUGCCUUUUCCACACACAAACAACACUUUCAUUGAUGAUAUAAUUGUUGUGAUACAUUUUACUGUGUUGAAACACUAGUAUUUGUGUUCAGGGAAGUCUCCAGAGUAUAACAGUACACCCCAUGUACAGGUUUUAUAGUGUUUUUUGAAAGUUACAGGGUCAAACAGAAGGCUUGAUUUUCCAUUUUACACAGUGAAAUUUGCUAGAUUGGUUAUGUUGCCUUGGAGAGCGUAUGGUAGCCCAGGAAUGAGAAUUACACCCAUGGUGGCAUACAAUUUGCAAAAAAAGAAAACCCAAGGCAAUUGCAAAUGGGGUAUGUUCAGUCUUUUUUAGUUGCCACUUAGUCACAAACACUGGCCAAAGUUAGCGUUCAUAAUAGUUUUUUGCAUUUUUCACACACCAACAAAUAUAAAUGCUAACUUUGGCCAGUGUUUGUGACCAAGUGGCUACUAAAAUAGACUGGACAUGUCCCAUAUUGAAUACCCUAGGUUGUCUACUUUAAAGAAAAAAUAUGUACAUGUGAGGAGUGAUUCAGAGGUUUAUGACAGAUAACAGUGUUACAAUGUCACUAUUGAUAAAUUUUAAAAAUAUAUAUUUUGAAACAUCAAUGUCCUACUUGUACUUGUAGCCCUAUAACUUGCAAAAAAAAAGAAAGCUCAGAACAUGUUAACAUUGGGCAUUUCUAAACUCAGGACAAAAUUUAGAAACUAUUUAGCAUGGUUUGUUUUUUGGGGGGGUCAAAGUUAGUAAAAGUGUGUUUUCGUUUGUUUUUUUUCAUCAUAUUUUAUAAAAAAAAAUUAUAGUAAAUUAUAUAUGAUAUGAUGAAAAUAAGGGUACAUUUAGAAUGACCAUUUAAUUUAAAAACGGUGUAUAAUAUGUGUGGGUACAGUAAAUGAGUAAGAUGAAAAUGACAGCUAAACACAAACACUGCUGAAAUGUAAAAACAGUCCUGGUCCUUUACGGUAAGAAAAUUGGAAAAACGGUCUGGUCACUGAGGGGUUAAAGCCUAUGUUAUAGAAUGAUGUUAUAGAAUGAUUAAUUCCCAUUUACUUUGUAGAGUUCAUAUCAUAUUCUCUCCAUAAUUCAUAAAACAUUUUUGAACAUUUCAACAAUUGUGGUAACAUCCAUUUAUAUAGGCCAGACAUUAUGUUUGUGUUAUGAGCAUCCAGAUGUUCAUAGGUUAGUAUUGCACGAGUAUGUAAAAAAAAAAAGAGAAUACUGCUGCUGCCAUUUAAUGGUAUGUUAAGUGCAAGGAAUUUAAAGACAAGCUCUUGAAACUGCAGUUGGCACAGAGGAACUCUUUUCAUGUACCAUAUUGUUGUAGGACAUCAGUGGUUGAAUGAUAGCUGUCUUUUUUUUUUUUUUCUUACUCAUGUCAAUACCACCACAUAAAAAUCUGGUUGUUUGUGCAUGUAUUAUAAAUUAAAAUGGUUGCAUGUUUGUACAAAAUCAGGAGCAAGGCUUGUGUUUCUAGUACCUUGGAAAAUGUACCUACAUAGAUAAUUAAAAUAACACAAUGAAGUUGAUUUUAGGCCUACACAUAGCUUUUUGGAUUUUAUCAAAGUUUAAAUUCAUUCAUUGUGCACAUAUUUACCAAAAUGUCUAAGAUUUGAAGAUAUCUGUGAUUCAUUAUUUGUACAAAUGUUUUGACUCCACAAUGUAAGCAUGAAUGUUUUGUUAUCGAAACAUUCUCUUUUAAUUUAAGUGAAAUGUGAAUAGGAUGGAAGUAAAAAUAAAUAAAUCUUCCACAUUUUCUUUUCUUCUUUUUGUGUUCUAGGCAAAUGAAAUGUUGUUCAGCGGGCGAAAGUUGACUGCACAAGAAGCAUGUGCAAAAGGACUUGUUUCCCAAGUGUUCUGGCCUGGAACUUUCACACAAGAAGUGAUGGUUCGCAUAAAAGAACUUGUAACCUGCAAUCCAGUAGUAUGUUACUUUGUGUGUCUAUUUUAAAAAUGGUUAUUUAGUUCUCAUACUUUCUAAUUAAAUAAGUAUAGUCUAACGCAAUCUACUGAAACAGUUUUAAAGCAUAUAAGAAAAUCUAAUCCAAUAGUGCCCCAACAAAACGGAUUCCAACCAAGCGUCUCUAGAAAUAUAUUUUGGUUGAUCCAGAAGAAAAACACUCUUUCUGGUUUUGUAAGCCACAAUUAUUUUAUAUACGUUACACUUUUUGUUUUCUAAAAAUACAUUUUACCCUUAAUUUUUAUACAGUUUUUGCCUCAUGUUUAAAAUCUGUACAAAACAUGUACUUCCUUAUUACACAUACCUGUGCUUGGAUAUACUUGCUUAUGACACAUUUAUUAAACAGCAUUUUCUCAUUACAAAUUUUUAAAGGGGCAGUCUAUGCAUCAUCAUAACUAUAGUUCAGUGUAGAGGUAAUGGUGCAGAGGGUUUGUGGGUACCAUCUCAUAUUUUUGGGUGUUAGUUUACACAUUAAUUAGAAUAAAAAUUAGAUCUAUAAAUUAAUUUAGUGUGAUAAUCCCACCUUGCUAAAGUAGAUCAGUUAUUGUAUUCCCUAAUUUAAUAUAAAAUACACUAUAUGGACAAAAGUAGUGAGCCACACCUCUUAAUUGUUGAAUUCAAUCAUACCCAUUGGCACAGGUGUAUAAAAUCAAGCACUUAGCCAUGCAGUCUGCUUUUAAAAACAUUUGUGGGGGGAAAAUGGGAUGUCCUAAAAGCACAGUGAAUUCAAGUGUGGUACUGUGAUAGGAUGCCACCUUAUAUAAGUCUGUGAAAUCUCAUCCCUGCUAGAUAUUACACGGUCAACUGUAAGUAGUACUAUUGGAAAGUGGAAGUACUACAGUAGAAACUUGGUCACGAAGUGGAAAACCAUGUAAAGUCAUAAAGCUGGGUCAAAGAGUGAAGUGGCCAUGGCACAUAAAAAAUGCCAACGCUCUGCUGAUUCCAUAGCUGAAGAGUUACAAAUGUCCACUGGAAUUCAUCUCAGCACAAAAACUGUGUGGUGGGAGCUUCAUGGAAUGGUUUCCAGGGCAGAGCAGCUGCAUGCAAGCCUCACAUCACUAAGUACAAUGCCAAGCAUCAGAUCGAGUGGUGUAAAGCACGCUGCCAUUGGACUCUGGAGUAGUGGAAACGUGUUCUGUGGAGUGACAAAUCACGCUUCUCUGUUUGGCAGUCUAAUGGGCGAAUGCCAGGAGAACUUUACCUGCCUGACUGCAUUGUGCCAACUGUAAAGUUUGGUGUAGGAGGGUUAAUGCUAUGAAGCUGUUUUUCAGGGGUUGGGCUGUGCUCCUUCCGUUAAGUGAUGGGAAGACAUUUUGAACAAUGCUGUGCUCCAACUUUGUGUUUGGGGUAGGCCCUUUUCUAUUGCAGCAUGACUGUGCACAAAGCAAGUUCCAUAAAGACAAAGUUGGAUGAGCUUGGUGUGGAGUGGAAGAAAGUUACUUACCUGCACAGAGCUUUGACAUCAACCCAAUUGAACACCUGUGGAAUGAACUGGAACGGAGAUUGCGAGCCAGGCAUUCUUGUCAAUCAUCAGUGCCUGACCUCUCAAAUGCUCUACUGGAUGAAUGUGCAAAGAUUGACCGAAUAGCGGAAACUGUUAUAGCUGCAAAGGGAGGACCAACUACAUAUUGUUUAGAAUUCAAUGUCAUAAAAGUUCCCGUUGAUGUCAUGCUUUUGUCCAUAUAGUGCAUAUUUACAUUUUGACAUUAUAGACUAUAUUAAGCUUAAUUUUUUUUUAAUUCAUUUUAGGUACUUGAAGAAUCCAAAGGUUUAGUUCGUAACAUCAUGAGGGAAGAACUGGAGCAAACUAAUGAAAGGGAAUGUGAAGUACUCAAGAAAAUCUGGGGAUCUGCUCAAGGGAUGGACUCCAUGUUAAAAUACUUACAAAGGAAAAUUGAUGAAUUCUAAAUAUUACCCUGUGGAUUUUCUCAUAGACUAGCACUGAAAAUCUUUUUUUUGGACACUUUUUACAUGUGACCUGUAGCUGAAAAUAUGAUUUGUCAUGUUUUUGAACAAAUAUCUACAACCUUGCCAUGACUACAAAGCAUAUAAAGACAUGGAGUGUCAUAGCAAUCCAGGACUUGAAAAUUUCGGCAUGUACUGUAAUGAAAGAAAACGGCAAUGAAGAACAUUGUGUGUUCCAGGGAAGCCUGGGAUAUGUGUUUUUUUUGUUUUUCUUUGUUUUUGUUAAUUUUUUUUUGUUGUAUUGUUUAUAAAAUAUUUAAAAUAAGAAGAGAAAAAAAAAACGGGUAUCAGCCAGCCCUACAUUUAUUGCCCAACCAGUUUAGUUUGAGGCAAUGCUUUAUUUCAGAAAGGUUAAAAUACCUCAAACAUAUUAACUUUUUUAAAUAAAAGAAUAAAACUAAAUUCAAACAUAACUCUUAGUAAUACAUUUUAAUAAUCCAAACAAAUAUGUAUACAUGUGCUCAGGACAUGUGAUGUAAAGAAAGUUAAGUGAAGAAAUUGCUUCACGUUCUGUUCGAAAUGUGUAGUUUGUACAUUGUUCACAUGAAGAAACCACUGUCGGAGAGGGCCUUGUCUUUUUUGUGUUUAUAUAUAUUUUUUGUGAUGCAGUAUUAGUAAGUCACUGAUCAUCCUUUUAUAGGUGAGGUUCCUUCAUCCUACCAAGGAAAUUUGAUUUUUAAUAUCUAAUUUAGUUCGUUGAGAACACCAUUUGUAGUUGUUUGCUGGAUUAAUGUAUUACACCAAAAACUAUUUUAUGUUUAUACUUGUAUAAAUUUUAGUUUUCACUAGAAUGUUUUAUUUAAUAAGUUAAUUUUGGUACACUAUUAAAUUACAAUGUACCCAAGCAAAAACUACCUUUUGGUUAGAAGUGUAUUAUUUUGCUGUAUUUCGGGGAGGGUUAUUUUUGUGCAAAACUAUAUGAAUUCUUUCUUCUCUAUAUUUCUCUCUCUCUUUCUCUUCUCUCUAUCUCCUCGCUCUCAUCUCAUUACUUUUUGAUAAUGUAUAGUGUAGAAAAUGUUCUUGUAAAUACAAAUAUUCCAUUCCUCUUUGGAGUGUUUAUUGACUUGUGACUGCAGAUACAUUAUAAAUGAGAUAUCUGUGCUUGCAAUCUUGUUGAAUGUAUGAAGCAUAGUAAACAAUUAUUUUUGUACAGUUUUUAAAUUUUUACGUCAAACUGACCAUCUCCUUUUGGUGGAGAGUAGCACCCUACAUAAAUCUGCCUUUAGUAUUUUUGCAUUCUGGACAUACACUUUUGUUCUGAAAAGAUAUAUGUAUAAAUAUAUAUAAACUGUACAGUCUGUAAAGUUUUAUAAAAUAUACAGCUGUGAAAUUGGCUAAAAUAAAAACUAAUAUUUCUUAACAUUCUUUAA